CUCCGCUGCAAAUGAACGCUCGCCUGGAAGGCAGGGGGUGGUUUUGUGUCUUACAAUGCCUGUUUGUUGUGGACUGGAUGGCUCACCUGAAUGUGCGGAACUGGCAGUGCCGCUCCAGCCUCACCCUCCCACACUGCUUAACAGAAGUAUUUGCCAGAUCUUUUUAUCCUCUCCUGACCAAAGCGCUCAGCUCUUGCCCCUGUUCUUUGCCUCUCGUUCUGUUGGUGAAGAUAUCACAGUGAUGUCUGCAUUCAACCUGCUGCAUUUGGUGACAAAGAGCCAGCCAGCAGCCCUGCGAGCCUGUGGGCUUCCCUCAGGGUCAUGUAGGGAUAAAAAGAACUGUAAGGUGGUCUUCUCCCAGCAGGAACUAAGGAAGCGACUAACACCCCUGCAGUACCAUGUCACUCAGGAGAAAGGGACCGAAAGUGCCUUUGAAGGAGAAUAUACACAUCACAAAGAUCCUGGAAUAUAUAAAUGUGUUGUUUGUGGAACUCCGUUGUUCAAGUCCGAAAGCAAGUUUGACUCCGGUUCAGGUCUCACUGAGAUCCUCCACUCUUUUCUCAAGUCCAGUAAGUAUCUUUAUGACCAUUACUUCGAAUCAUUUGUCAGUUAUAUUACUUAUUUCUAUUUCAUAUUUAGCUCUUUUGCUGUGGUUUUAUCUUGUUCUUUCUUUUGGGACAUAUUCCUUUGUCUCCUCACUUUGUCUAACUCUCUGUUUGUUUCUGUGUAUUAGAAAAGUCAGCUACAUUACUUGAUCUUGAAAGCAGUGGCCUUAUGAAGAAGAGUUCUGUAAUGCCCUGCAGCACAAUGCCCCUUAUUCAUUUCAGGGGUGUUGCCUAUGUGAAUUGUAUGUGCCCUACUAUUGUGGUUGAGGUGUGUUUGCCCUCAGUCCAGUUGUGUGCAGUGGCCCUCUUUGCCUUUUGUGGGUAGGAUUUGGUCCCUGUGAUGUUAAGUGGCCAGUUUGGUGCUGCCAUGGGCUUGUAGUUGGGCGGUUGCAGCAGUCAGACCAGAUGUCUGCCCUCAGCCCAUUUUCCAGGGCGGUGGUUGCGCCGGACUGCAGAGUGCUCUCCCUGUCUUAUCUCCUUGAGAGACUUGCAUUGGUGGGUAGGGCCUACAGACAAACCAGUUAUCUGUCCUCAGUCUGUCCAUUGGGGCUGAAGUAGGACCAACCUGUGUGGUGCUCUCCCUGCCUUGUCCCCUGAGAGGCUUCUGUUUGUGGGCAGGGCCAGCAGUCAGAGCAGAUGCCUGCUGGGGGCUUCAGAUGCACUGAUUGACAGGGCACUCUCUGCACUGCCAGUUAUAAGGUUUGGCUGCUGGGGCUGCGAGUAUACCGGUGUGUGUGGUUAUUUUUCCCUCCCCCCGUGGCAGGAGUCACUUUGGAGUGGCACUUGUCCCUGCCAGAGUUGCUUGCAGGAUAUGACAUGGUAGGAGCUGCUUUGGAGGGACUCCUCAUGAGUGGGGUGGAUUGGAUGUGGUGGAUCUGCAGAAGGAUACAUGCGUGGGCAUGUGGUCUUAGCAAGCUAGGUGGCAAGCAUUCAUGCUGGUUCCCACAAGUGUCUGGUUAUCCAAGUUGAGGAGUAGGAAAGAGAAAUGGUGCCUGCCAGCGUUUUUGUUCUUGGAGAAGUCUCUCCAGCACACAUUCCGAGAUUAGUAAAUAAAUCCUCACGCAUACCCCAGGCACUUUUCAAACUGCUGCUUCUAUGCUGUAUCUUGGUGGGAUGGUUUAUUCUGCUGGCUCUUUAAGGAAGAGGACUCAUUUUCUUUCACUCUCUGGCUCUCCCAGAGCUAAGCCCUGUGAUUUUUAAAGUACUUGGAGUUAAAUCUCACUGGUUAUAAAAACUUGUGAAGUUUUCAAAACUUCACUGAAAACCGGUUUUCAAAGCCAAAUAUUAUAGAGACUCAUCUUUCCAGUGCAGGUCCCUGUGUCUGGGGUCCCUGGUGUGGGGUCUGCUCCUCUCCGUUCUCUGUGCUUCUGGUGUCCCUCCCAUUUGUGGUUAGUCUGGCCAGGAGUUUGGUUCCUGGCUGGAUCUCUGCCCCUCCUACCAUUUCCAGUGUGGCCUCCUCUUUAUGAUUAACUGUGGAAAGUCUAUUCUGACUGUCUUUUGGUUGUUUUCUGUGUUAAUUACACUGAUAUGGGUGUUAUCUAGGUGUAUCCAUGGGAUGAGGUGAGCUUAAGAUCCUCCUACUCUGCCAUCUUUCAGAAGUCCCACUGGGUGUCUAUUUUUUCACCAGUGUACCUCUGCAUCCCGCAUAGUGCUUGACUUUUACUAGGAACUCAAUGGAUAUUUGCUUAAAUGAAAGAAUGAAUCAAUGAAUGAGGAAUGAAUGCAUUUAAUUAGCUCAAAUUCCACACAUAAUUUGGCUUUAGGUCACAUUUGUGGCUAGUCUCUUUCUGACUGUCUCAAUUCAGACAACUGAUUUUCUGUCUGAUUCCUAAGAGAUCUUUUUUGGUACCUUAAUUCAUGUCUUCUCCCUUGGUCCCUGUUUCUCAGUCCUUGUUAUCAGGAACCUGUCAAGAACUGUCAUGUUCUCUAGUCAGACUCACUGUCUAAGACUUGGAAUGUUGUCUCUGAAUUUCAAACAGCUGAGAUCCUGUAAGUUUGGCCAAGACUUUUAAUUCUUCAAUACCACUUUCUCCAGAUUCUCCCUCAGUGUGCUCAUGUCCUGCUCUUACAAACUCCCUCUUGCUCUGGAACAAAUUAUAGUUUUUAAAUGUACAGAAACACCUAGAUAACCCCCACAUCAGUGUAAUUAACACAGAAAACAACCCAAAGACUGGCAGGAUAGACUUUUCCACAGUUAAUCAUAGAGAGGAGGCCAGAUUGGAAAUGGUAGGAGGGGUGGAGAUCCAACCAGGAACCAAACACAGUAAGUCUCAUCAGUUGUAUUAUUCAUCAUUUUCUUUUCCCUAUUUUUUGUUUACCUUUACUUUUUGUUUUGAAAAAUGUGCAUUAACAGUGCCCACAAUAUUUGAGGAUUACAAAGUUUCUUUGUAUUUCUAAUACUUUUGUUUUUAUAUAGUUCACUGCUUUAUAGUACAUAAAAGUUCAUGAGUUCUAUUUUUGAGAAUCAUUACUUUUUAUUAAAAAUACUUUUUAUCCUAGUUGAUGUUUUUAGAAUUGAAAUUUUUUUGGUCAGAUGGUAACAGUAUCAUCCCUGCUUUCCUUGUGUUGUGUUUACCUUGUAUAUCUUUGCUAUUUCUUCAUAUUUAACCGUCUUUUGUCAUAUUAACUUAUGUGUGCCUCUUAUAACUGAAUUUUGGGUUUUUUAAAAACUUACAUGAGAAUAUUCUUAAAUUGAAGAAUUUAAGCCUUUCCUUUUUUUUUUUUUAAUUAGGGACACACCUUUUAAAGUACUUACCAUCUUAUAUUACUGUUUCUGUUUGCUAUUUUUGCCUUGUAUGUAUGUAUGUAUAUACUUGCUCAUAAAGAAAAAGCGUUCAUACAUACAUAAAUACAAAUACAUAUAGAUUUUAUAAAAUAUGGAAAUCACAAAGAAAGUAAAAAUCUCUAGUAAUUCUAUUACUCAGUCUUAUUGUUGACAUGUGUAUAGUUAUGUAUACUCCCAAUGUCUUCCUUUAAUUUUUUUAAGUAAAAAUGAGUUUAUCAUGAUAAUGCUGCUUUGAAACCCAUUUUUUUCCCACUGAACAGAAAAGUAUUAUGAACACUUUGCAUGCCACUAAAUAUUUAUCUGUAAUAUAUUUUUGUUUUCAAAUACAUUUUAAUAUAAAGUAUUUAUAAGUAAAUAAAAUAAAUUAUUCCAUCCUUUGAUUAAAUAGGAUUAUGUAGGCUUGUGCAAAGGUUUUUAAUUUACAGAAGCAUAUAUGGAAUAUGAUGCCAUUUAUGUAAAAUAUAUGAAUACAUGCAUAUAUGUGAAUUGAAUGCUCAUAUAUGUUUGAAUAUGUAUGUUUAUGUAUUAAAUACCUCUGUAUGAUUAAAAGUUUAAGAUUAAGAAUGUAUUAUUUAAGUAAAAAAUAAAAUUAGCAUAUUUAAAAAUAUUCAAGCAAAUGUCAACAAAUUACCUAACUUAAGUGAAAUGGACAAAUUCCUAGAAAGACACAAAGAACUGACAAUGACUCAAGAAGAAAUAUUAAAUCUGAAUAAACAAGUAAAAAGAUUAAGUUAGCACUCAGAAAACUACCCACAAAGGUAAGUCCGGGCCAGAAUGGCCUCACUGGUAAAUUCUAUGAAAUAUUUAAAGAAGAAUUAAUAACAAUUCUUCACAAACUCUUCCAGAAAAUAGAAAAGGGGGGAUACUUCCCAUCCCAUUCUACAAGGCCAGUAUUACUCUGAUAGCAAAACUAGUCAAAUAUCACAAGAAAAGAAAACUACAGACCAAUAUCUCUUAUGAAUACAUGCACAAAAAUUUCCACAAAAUACUAGCAAACCAAAUACAGCAGUAUAUAAAACAUUACCAAGUGGGAUUUAGCUUAGGAAUGCAAAGUUAGUUUCACAUUUAAAAAGCAAUUAACAUAGGGGUGCCUGGAUGGCUCAGUCGGUUAAGCAUUUGACUCUUGAUUUCAGCUCAGGUCAUGAUCUCAGGAUCCUGAGAUUGAGCCCCCUAUCGGGCUCUGUACUGAGCAUGGAGCCUGCUUAGGAUUCUUUCUCUCUCUCUCCCAUCUCUCAUAAAAUAAAAUAAAAUAAUAAAAUAAAAUAAAAUAAAAUAAGAUAAAAUAUCUUUUUUAAAAAAGCAGUGAAUUAAAAUACUACAUCAGUAGAAUAAAGGACAAAAACAACAUGUUUAUCUCAAUAGACACAGAAAGAGCAUUUGACAAAAAUCCAACAAUUUUUCAUGAUGAAACACUCAACAAACUAGGAAUAGAGGGAAACUUCCUCAACCUGAUAAGUGGCAUCUAUGAAAAAAACCAAAGCUAACAACAUACUUAAUGGUGAAAAGGUUGAAUGCUUUCCUAAAAGAUAAGGAUGUUCACUCUCAACUCUUGUGUUCCACACUGUACUGGAGGUUUUAGCCAGGGUAAUUAGACAAAACGAAAGAAGGAGCAAAGGAGGGAGGGAGGGAGGGAAGAAAGGAAGGAGGGAGGAAAGGAAGGAAAGAAGGAGAGAAGGAGGGAAGUAGGCAGGUAUCUAGAUUGGAAAGGAAUAAGUAAAACUAUCUCUGUUUGCAAAUGGUAUUCUCUUGUAUAUAGAAAAAUCCUAAGGAAUACAGUAAAAAUUAGAACAAAUAAAAAAUUCAUUAAGGUUGCAGUGUUCAGGAUCAAUAUACAAAAUCAGUUGUAUUUCUGAAAGAGAUUAUAGAGUAUACGUCUCAUUUCUUCCUUAAAUAUUUGUAAUAAUAUACCAGUGAACACAGCCAGGCCUAGUACUUUCUGUUUUGGAAGGUUAUUAAUUAUUGAUUCAACAUUUUAAAUAGAUAUGGGCCUAUUCAGAUGAUCUUUUUCUCUUGUGUGAAUUUUGGUAGAUUGUGUCUUUCAAGGAAUCCAUCUGUUUCAUCUAGGUUAUCAAAUUUGUGGGCAUAGAAUUGUUCAUAAUACUCCUUUAUUAUCCUACUAAUGUCCAUGAAAUCAGUAGUGAUGGCUUCUCUUUCAUUUCCAAUAUUAGUAACUUGUUAUUCUCUCUAUUUUUCUUAGUUAACCUGACUUAGAGGUAUAUAAAUUGUAUUGCUCUUUUCAAAGAACCAGCUGUUGGUUUUAUUGAUUUUCUCUAUUGAGUUCCUGUCAUCAAUUUCAUUGGUUUCUGUUCUAAUGUUUAUUAUUUCUCUUUUUUUGCUUACACUGGAUUUAAUUUUCUCUUCCUUCUCUAAUCUAAUCUUGAUUCUCCAAAGCGGAAGCUUAGAUUAUUGAUUUUAGUUCUUUCUUCGUUUCUGUAUAUAUUCAGUGCUACAAAUUUCCCUCUAAGUACUGCUUUUGCUGCAUCUCACAAAUUUUGAUAAGUUGUAGUUUCACUCAUUUAAUUAAAAAUAUUUUAAAAUUUCUCUUGACACUUAUUUGACCUGUGUGUUAAUUAAUAAUAUGUUGUUUAAUCUCCAAAUACUUUGUGUUUUCCAGCUCUCUUUCUGGUAGUGGUUUCUAAUUUAGUUCCAUUGUGGUCUAAAUGUGCACUUUGGCUUUUUUUUUUUUUUUUUUUUUAAUUCGUUAAAGUGUCUUCUCUGGCCCAGAUCUUGAUGAAUGUUCCAUGUGAGCUUGAGAACAUAUACAAUGCUGUUGUUGGACAAAGUAUUCUAUAAUUGUCAACUUGAUCCAGCUGAUUGAUGGUGCUAUUUAGUUUAAUUAUGUCCUUACUGAUUUUCUGCCUGCUGAACUUAUCAAUUAGUGAUGGAGGGGUAUUGAAUUUUCCAGCCAUAAUAGUGGAUUUGUCUAUGUCUCCUUGAAGUUCUAUCAGUUUUGCCUCAUGUAUUUUGCCUUUAUGUUGUUAGGAGCAUAACCAUUAAGGAUUGCUAUGGUCCUUUUGGAGAAUUAACCCCUUUAUCAUUAUAUAAUGCCCUCUUUGUUUACUCUGAAGUCUGCCUUGUCUGAAAUGAGUAUAGCUAUUCCAGCUUUCUUUUGAUUAGUGUUAUUAUGGUAUAUCUUUCUUUGUUGCUUUACUUUUAAGCAUCUGUGUCUUUAUAUUUAAAGUGGAUUUCUCAGAAAAACAGUAGAAAAAAAUCAACAAAACUAAGAGCUGGUGUUUUGAAAAUAUAAACAAAAUUGAUAAAUGUUUAGCUAGACAAAUUAAGAAAAGAGAAAAGACUCAAAUAAAUAAAAUCAAAAAUUAAAAAGGAGACAUUAUAAUUGACAUAGAAAUACAAAGGGUAGUAAGAGACUACUAUGAAUAAUUACAUGCUGAAGAGUGGGAUAAACUAGAAGAAAUGGACGAAUUCCUAGAAAUUUACAGCCUACUAUACUGAAUCAUGAAGAAACAGAAAAUUUGAAUAGACCAAUACAAGAGAUUCAAACAGUAAUGAAAUACUUCCUAACAUAACUAUAAAGAACAAACAAAUGGUUACCAGAGGGGUUGUGGGUGGGUGGGGGAUGGGUGAAAUAGGUGAAAGGAUUAAGAGUACACUUUCUUGAUGAGCACUGAGUAAUGUAUGGAAUUGUUGAAUCACUGUAUGGUACACCUGAAACUAAUGUAACACUGUAUAUUAACUACAUUGAAAUUAAAAUUUAAAAAAAAGAUAGUAAAUAGAGUAUUUAAGUAUUUAGUGUAAAAGUAUCACUAGAACAGAACAACAAUCAUUCUAAAUACUAAAUAAAAAGAGACAGCAAAGCAAACAAACAAAUAAAACAAACAAACCUUCCAACAAGGAAAAGCCCAGACCAGAUGGUUUCACUGAUGAAUUUUGCCAAAUAUUUAAGGAAUUAAUGCUUAUUCUUCUCAAACUCUUCCAGAACAUUGAAGAGGAGGGAAUGCUCUCAGACUCAUUUUACAAUGCCAGCAUUACCCUGUUACCAAAGCCAGAUAAAGAUGGUAUAAAAAGGAAAAUGACAGGCCAAUGUCCUUAAUGAAUCUAGAAGCAGAAAUUCUCAACAAAAUACUAGCAAACUGAAUUCAAUAACACAUUAAGAGGAUCAUAUACUGUGAUCAAUUUACAUUUGUCCGUAGGGUGUAAGGAUGUUUCAACAAUAGGUAAAUCAAUAAAUGUGACAUACCACGUUAAUAGAAUGAAGGAUAAAAAUUAUAUGAUCAUCUCAAUAGAUACAGCAAAUUCAUUUGACAAAAUUAAACAUCCUUUCAUGAUAAAAACUUUCUAUAAAUUAAGUAUAGAACAAACGUACCUCAACAUAAGGCAGGUCAUACAUUACAAACCCACAGCUAACAUCAUACGGGAUGGUGAAAGAUUGAAAGCUUUCCCACUAAGAUGAGGAUCAAGACAAGGGUGCCCACUCUCACCUGUCUUAUUCAACAUAAUGCUGGAAUUCAUUGUCAGGACAGUUAGGCAAGCAAAAGAAAUAAAAGGCAUCCAAAUAGGAAAGGAAGAAGUAAAAUGAUAUCUGUUCACAGACAACAUGAUCUUAUAUAUAGAAUUCUCUAAAGACUCCACUAAAAAGCUAACUGGUAGAACUAAUAAGCAAAUUCAGUAAAGUUGCAAGAUACAAAAUCAAUAUACAAAAAUCAAUUGCUUUUCUAUACACUAGCAAUGAACUAUGUGGAAAAGAAAUAAAACAAUCCCACUUAAAAUAGCAUCAAAAAUGAUAAAGUACUGGGGUGCCUGGUGGCACAGUUGGUUAAGUGUCCGACUCUUGGUUUCAGCUCAGGUCAUGAUCUCGUGGUGGUGGGAUCAAGGAUCUUGUUGGGCUCUGUGCUCAGAGCAGACUCUGCUUGAGUUUCUCUCUCCUUCAUCCUCUGCCUCUCUGCACCAUGUUCCCUCUCUCUCUUUGGACUAAAUAAAUCUUUUUUAAAAAUGAUAAAUUACUUAGGAAUAAAUUUAACCAAGGAGGUGAAAGAUCUAUAUACUGAAAACUCUAAGACACUGAUAAAAGCAGUUGAGGAAGACACAAAUGAAUGGAAAGAUAUCCUGUGCUCAUGGAUCAGAAGAAAGUAAUAUUGUUAAAAUGUCCCUACUACCCAAAGUGAUCUACUGAGUCAAUGCAAUCCCUAUGAAAAUUCCAGUGGCAUUUUUUUCACAGAAAUAGAGAACACAUUCCCAAAAUUCAUAUGGAACCACAAGAAAAAAACAAACCAAAAACAAAACAAAACAAAAAACUACAAAAAAACAAAUAGCCACAGGAAUCCUUAGAAAGAAGAAUAAAGCUGAGGUAUCACACUUCUUGAUCUCAAAACAUAUUACAAAGCUAUAGUAAUCAAAACAGUGUGGUACUGGCAUAAAAACAGACAUAUAGACGGAGCAGAAUGGGGAGCCCAAAUAUAAAUUCACACAUUAUACAGUCAACUAAUACUUGACAAGGACACCAAGAAUACACAAUGAGUAAAGGAUAGUCAUUUCAAUAAAUCGUGCUAGGAAAACUAGGUUUUCACAUGCAAAAUAAUGAAAUUGGGUCCCUAUCUUAUACCACUCAAAAAUAUUAACUUGAACUAGAUUAAAGACUUAAAUGUAAGACCUGAAAUUAUAAAAAUGUAAGGCCUCACACUGUAAAAUGACUAGAAGAAAACAUAAGGAGAAAGCUUCUUGACAUGGGUGUUGGCAGUUUGGGAUAUGACACCACAAGGGCAAUGCAACAAAAGCAAAAAUAAAGCAAGUAGAACUCCAUCAAACUAAAAGUCUUCUUUGCAGCAAAAGAAACAAUCAGCAAAAAUAAAGGGCAACCGGGGCACCUGGGUGGCUCAGUCGUUAAGCGUCUGCCUUCAGCUCAGGUCAUGAUGCCAGGGUCCUGGGAUCGAGCCCCACAUCGGGCUCCCUGCUCAGCGGGAAGCCUGCUUCUCCCUCUCCCACUCCCUCUGCUUGUGUUCCCUCUCUCGCUGUGUCUCUCUGUCAAAUUAAUAAAAUCUUAAAAAAAUAAAUAAAUAAAAUAAAGGGCAACGUACAGAAUGGGAGAAAGAAGAUAUUUGCACACCAUAUGUCUGAUCAGGGGUUAAUAUCCAAAACAUAUAAGGAACUCCUACAACUCAAUAGCCAAAAAACAAACAAUCGAAUUAAAAAUAAGACAAUGGACUCGAUAGACAUUUUUCUAAGAAAGACAUACUCAUGGCCAACAGGCACAUGAAAAGAUGCUCAACAUCACUAAUCAUCAGGGAAAUGCAAAUCAAAACCACAAUGACAUAUUCGCUCACAUCCGUUAGAAUGGCUAUGAUUAAAAAACAAAAAUGAAAACAAAAACAAAAAAAACAAGCGACAAAAGUUUUGAUGAGGAUGUGGAGAAAAUGGAACGCCAGGGCACUAUUGGUGGGAUUGCAAACUGGUGUGGCCACUAUGGAAAACAGUAUGGAGGUCCCUCAAAAAAUUAAAAAUAGAACUACCAUAUGAUCCAAUAAUUCCACUUCUGGGUAUAUAUCCAAAGGAAAUGAGAUGUCUGCACUCCCAUAUUCAUCGCAGCAUAUUAUUCAAAAUAGUCCAGGAUGUGGAAACAAUCUAAAUGUCUUUUGAUGGAUAAAUGGAUAAGGAAGAUUGUGGUGUGUAUUUAUACAAUGGAAUAUUAUUUAUCCACGAGAAAGAAGGAAAUCCUGCCAUUACUAACAACAUGGAUGAACCUAAAGAACCCUGAAAUUAGCCAGAGAAAAACAAAUACUGUACGAUUUCACUUAUAUAUGAAAUCUGAAAAUAAAAGUUGAACUCAUAGAAACAGAAAGAGAAUGGUGGUACCAAGGGCUGGGAGGUGGGGGAGAUGGGGAGUGCUGGUCAAAGGGUAUAAGCCUUCAGUUAAAAAUGAGUAAGUUUUGGGGAUCUAAUGUACAAUACGGUGACAGUAGUUAAUAAUGCUGUGUUUGUACUUGAAAUUUGCUAAGAGAGUGGGCCUUAAGCGCUCUUACCACACACACACACACACACACACACACACACACACGGUAACUGCAAGGUGGUGGAUGUGUUAAAUAACCUGAUUGUGGUAAUCAUUUCACAAAGUAUGUGUAUGUCAAAUCAUCAUACUUACACUUUAAAUAAACACAAUUUUAUUUCUCAAAAAACAGAUUUGUUAACUACUGGUGUUAAUAGUGAUAGCUCAGGAAUUUCUUGUUAGUACCAAUUUCUUGUUAGUUCUGGUUUAAUAAAUCAUUAUGAUUUUUAAAAAAGGUUAAUACAGAAAGUGUAUUUCAAAAAGAAUUUCUGUUAGCUCUUCACUUGCAUAUAAUUCUGCUUUUAUAAAUAAUUUAGAUUUAAAUGGAACUUCAAAAAUUAUACAAACUUAGCCUGAUUUUUGUGAGUUUAGAAAAAUAAACCUCAUUUAUUGACUAGAAGAGAAAAUAUGGGCAAAGAAUCUGAAUAGACAUUUCUUCAAAAAAGAUAUACAAAUGGGCAAUAUGUGCUUUUGAAAAAAUGCAAAACAUUAGCCAUUUGGAAAAUGCAAGUGAAACCACAAUGAGAAACCACUUCCCACCCAAUAGGAUGGUUGUAAUAAAAAAGGCAGACAAUAACAAAUGUUGGCAAGGAUGUAGAAAAAUCGAAACCCUCAUAUAUUGCUGGAGGGAAUGUAAAACGGUACAGCCUCUUUGGAGAACAGUUUGGCAGUUCUUCAAACAUUAGACAUAGAGUUAGCAUAUGACCCUGCUAGCAUAUAUCACUCCUAGGAUAAAACCAAGAGAAUUGAAAACAUAUGUCCGCAUAAAAACUUGUACACAAAUAUUCAUAGUAGCAUUGUUCAUGAUAGCCCAGAGAUGGAAACAAUCCAAAUGUCCAUCAAUAAUAAGUAGGUAAAUAAAAUGUGGUAUAUUUAUUUAAUGGAAUAUUACUCAGCCAGAAAAGCAAAUGAAAUACUGAAGCAUGCUACAAUAUGAUGAACCUUGGAAACAUUAUCUUAUGUGUCAGGCGAACGUGAUAACCACUACACUACAGAAACCUGGCCACAACAUUAUCUUAUGUGAAAAAGUCAGUAAUAAAAGAGGACAUACUAUACAAUUCCAUUGAUGUGAAAUGUACAGAAUAGGCAAAUCUAUACAGACAGAAGAUAAAACAGUGUUUGCUUAGGACUGGGGUACUUGGGAGGAAAUAGGAAGUGACUGCUAAUGGAGAUAUAUGUAUAUAUCAAUAUAUAUAUAAUUUUUGCUUUUUUCUCAGUUCCACCUUUAUAGAAAUAAUUGAAAUAAUUGAAAUAAUUGGGAAUUUGUGUUUCAGAUUACUAGUCAUUUUUUUCUGACAAGAUGCCUCAUCCAUUUAUAAAAUCCUUUUUAUAUGCUACAUUAUACUUCAAACUAUAUCAUCAAUUAUGUAGAUUUAACAUUAAAAUAAUUUUUAUAGGUUUUCUUUAUCACAGCUAUUUUUUAGAUGGUAAGUCUUCCCCUAACUUGAGCUUUAUUUUCUAAUUUUUGUUUUGUUUUUAAAGAUUUAAUUAAUUUAUUUAUUUUAGAAGUGGGGAGAGGGGCAGAGGGAGAGAGAAAGAGAAAAUCUCAAGCAGACUCCCCACUGAGCAUGGAGCUCGAAUCGGGGCUCAAACUCACAACCCUGGGAUCAUGACCUGAGCCAAAACCAAGAGUUGGACACUUAACUGACUGAGCCACCCAGGUGCCCCUAUUUUCUAAUUUUUAAAGAACAGAAUGUUUAGAACCAGAACAGGGGUGGUAUACUUUGAGUGUUUCCUUGUCUGGUUACGAACAUUUUAAAGGCUUUUGCUAAAGCCCUAAUUUUAAAGGUUAUUGCCAAAUUGCUUUCCAGAAAAGUUGUGCUGAUGUAACUUCCAUUUGGAUUUUGUGGGUGUUUCUAUUUCUCCAUGCUCUCUUUCUUCAAUACUGAACAUUCUCAUCCUAUUUAGUACCUAAUAACAUACGUCAUAUUUGAAACCUAAUACCUCAUUAAUGUUUUAACUUGCAUUCUUUAUUAAUGAGUUUAAAUUUUUUAAAUAUAAUUACUGAACACUAUUUUCCUUUUAUGUAUUGCCAGAUUAUGUAAUUUGCAUAUUUUUCUAUUGGGGUAUUUAUAUAUUUUAUUGCUUUAUAAGUUCUCUUUAUAUAUUAAGGAUAUCAUCAUAUAUAUUAUAAAUAAUUUGCCCAGUUGAUACUUUAUUGGGUUUAUUUAUGCUAUUUUCUGAUUGGUACCAGAACACUUGUUGGGAUUUCAUUAGGGAGAUGGUUAAGAGCUUGGACUGUGGAUUCAAAUCCCAGCUCAACCAUUUGUUCAUUGUGUGAAAUCUUGGCAAAUUGCUCAAUCUCUGUUAACUGCUAACACUGAUACAAAAUCAAAGUGCUAACUUCAGAGUAUUGUUGAGAGGAUUAAAUGACUUAAAAGGCUUAGCAUAAUAGCUGUAAUAAUUUAGAAUACAUUCAAUCAUUUCAUUUCUCGCUGUUACUAUUUGUGUUCUUUUUUAACAGAUGAGCUAAACAGAGAUAAAGAGAAUGGUGUGGAAUGAAUGAGUGUAUGAGUUAUAUUUGCCGCUCUGUUUGGCUUCUUCCCAUUAACCUUCCCCCAGGUGAAACUUGCUGAAGACCUUUUUACAGUGUAGCAUUUGGGUCCUACUUAUCAGAACUACUGACAGUGGACUUAACCUCCCUUUAUCAGGUAGCAUAUUUGAUAGACAAUCUCAUUCUUAUUUUGUUUCAACAACUUGGGUACUUGUUGGGUACUCAUUAUGUAGGUUUUCAAUUCAGUCUACUUUUCAAAUAAAUAACGCUCAGCAAAAUAGAUUAUUGUUUUCAGAUACAGUGGAUACUUCAUUAAGCCUGUUUUUCCUAUUUCCAUAAUAAUGACAGUUGUACAGGUAAAAGAUUUAUUGAGUGAACAAAAGGGUGUUCCUACCUCUGAAUAUACCAUGGACACUUUAGUUCUUUUUUGAUUGUGGCAUUUUCCUCUCUCAAAUGCUAGGAGGAAUAGGAAUGUGAGAUUUCCAUGGGGAAGUCUUACUCAUGUUGUUUCUUUUUAUAUCAGUUUUACAUAUCUAUAUAUUCUGUGGUUGAAUAAAAUAUGUCCUCUCAGGCGCCUGGGUGGCUCAGUCGGUUAAGCGACUGCCUUUGGCUCAGGUCAUGAUCCUGGAGUCCUGGGAUUGAGUCCUGCAUCGGGCUCCCUGCUCGCCGGGGAGUCUGCUUCUCCCUCUGACCCUCCUCCCUCUCAUGCUCUCUGUCUCUCAUUCUCUCUCUCACAAAUAAAUAAAAUCUUAAAAAGAAAAAAAUAUGUCCUCUCUAUGGUCACUGGUGCAACCUUUGUACAUUCACUACCCUUUAUAUUCAGAUGUCCUUCUUAAAACCCCAUCUAUACAAAUGAAUGCAACUUUGUACUCUUUCACCUUUGAAAAAUUUGUAACAAUCACCGUAUCUUCUUGAUCAUGAGAAUGGAAAAUGCUUAAGUUCUCACAAAAUUCCCUUUAUAAGCUAUUUUUAGUUUUCAGAUAUUCAAUCAUACAUGCCUUUUAGAAAGGCAAAAAAAAAAAAGCUCAUUGAUGGAAGGGAAGAAAGAAUAUUUGUAUUGCUACUCUGUAAUCUAUUGAUGAAAUCAUUGUAAACUAGAUUAUUUAUAGUAUAUGUUUAUAUAUUUAUAUUUAGUAUAUACUAAAAAUAUAUGUAAUAUACAUUAGAUAUAUGUAUAUAAAACAGAAGAAGUGAUUUGUCGUGAUUUGGUUUUAUAAGAACAGAAUGUUAGCAUUUGAAAAAUGAACAUUAAAGAUCAUAUGGUCUAACGCUCUUAGUUUACAAAUGAUACAAGCUUAGGAAGGUGGCAGCACAUGGAUUACCCAAGCCUUUCUGUGGGAGAACCUAAUCAAGUAUUCAGGGUUGUUUAUUGGUACCAUUACUAUAGUCAUAUUUUCACUCAAUUCUAAACCCUUUUAAUGUUAUAUAAUUUUAUUCUUUACCUUCAGUAUGCUAUAUACAUUCCUGUCUCGAAGUCCCAGUAGAAGAAUAAGUGAUUACUAUUUUGCCUUUACCUGUGCCCUUCAUUCUGCCUAUGGUGGGCUUUGAAAUUGUGUGCCAUGUUCAAAGGUUUCCAGAUAGCCCAAGAUCAUCAUAAUUAACUGGACAAGCUUAAUAGUUAGGACUGAAAAUGACAUUUCAAUGGCUGUGCCUUUUCAUUAAACAACAUAUUAGAAGUACAGCAUACUCUAUCUAAUUGCAUUGAUCAUGUACCCCUGGAUAAUACUACUUUUCUUUCCCUACUCCUUGGGAGGUAUUCAGUGCUGGUAUUGGUUAAGUAGCACUUGAUAGUUUCUCAUAUAUUCCCAUAUUACCUCUUUAAAUUGCUAAAAUGCCCUCUUUUCUACCUUCCAAUCAAGGCACAUUUGUUCAAAUAUUGGGUGGCCCCUCCUUCCUACUUUCCCUCCUCCCUCCCUCCCUCCCUCCCUCCCUCCCUUCCUUCCUUCCUUCUUUACUUCCUUCCUUCCUUCCUUCCUUCCUUCCUUCCUUCCUUCCUUCCUUCCUUCCUUCCUUCCUUCCUUCUUCAGUGUUUUAAAUACCAAUUCAACACUUGUUCUAAUGGGUUGGACACUGAAUAUAUAUGAUGCAGCAUAGACUCAGGCCCUGCCUUAAUUGAGAGUUUUUUGGAGGUUUUUUUGGCAGAUUUUUUUCAGCUUUAUUGAGGUAUGAUUGACAAAUAAAAUGCUAAAAUAUUUAAAGUGCACAUUGUCAUGAUUUGAUAUUGUAUACAUUGUGGAAAUAUUUCCCCUAUUGAGUUAAUUAACAUAUCCUCUCACCUCACAUAUUUUUACCUUUUUUUUUGUGAAAAUAUUUAAGUUCUACUGUUUUAGCAAAUUUCAAAUAUAAAAUAAAUAUUAGCAACUAUGUUGAUACAAACAUGUUAUACAUUAGCUCCUCAGACCUUAUUCGUCUUAUAGCUUGAAUGAGUUUUUAAAAUACGAUUAUACAGAGGAGGUAUGAGGUUUUUUUGGAACUAGCACUCUGAUCAUGUCACCCUCUGUCCAGAGUUUUUCUUUUUAUUUAUUUAUUUAUUUAUUUAUUUAUUUGAGAGUGAGAAUGAGAGAGCAUGAGAGGGGGAGGGUCAGAGGGAGAAGCAGACUCCCUGCUGAGCAGGGAGCCUGAUGCGGGACUCGAUCCAGGGACUCCAGGAUCAUGACCUGAGCCGAAGGCAGGCGCUUAACCAACUGAGCCACCCAGGCGCCCCUGUCCAGAGUUUUUCAAUGAUUUCCCACUGGCGACAGGAUGAAAUUUCUCUCCCUUUGCAUGGCAUAGAAGGGGUUUCAUGGCCUGGACCCUUUAUGUCCAAGUUCAAGGCAUACUUAUGUAGUAUAAGCAGUCAAGCAAAACCUCUGGCUUUCAGCUGAAACCUGGAGGAUGAGUAGGAGAGAGCUGCGCAAGCGAAGAGUGUGGGUUGGGUAAGAAUAGCCCGAGGCACUGGCAUGAAACUAAGUGCAGGUCUUGAUGCAAACUAGAACAUAGCAAAACCCCUGUUGGCUUUUUUACCCUGGAUUCCUCAUCUGACUCAUAGGCCACAGAAAAUGAUUUGAGUAUCUAUUUUCUCAGUUUUCCCAAGGAGGAUCCAUAGCAAGUACUAUUCUAGACACUUAGGAGAAAAGUUAGUUACCUGCACUGGAUGCCUUAGGUUAGGUCUUAUAUCAAGACUUUCAAGCUUAAUUCUCUCUGGGAACUCUGGUUGAGAAAGGCUGUGAGUAUGGAUAUUGCUGCAACAGGUCAUGAAUCCAUAGGGUUCUCCUUUGACUUAGAGAUUACCUCAUUAUUGCAUUUCAUCGCCAGUGUGCUUGGUAAUCCCAGAAAUGCUGUGAUAGGUGCCUGAUGACUGUAAACAUUGUGUUUUUGCAAACUCAAGUGCCUGAAGCCAUAGCAUACUCUGUCUACCUUUCACUGGUCUUCCUGUGCUUGGCCUGGGAGGACUUCCAACCCUCUUACCUCUACUUUGCAGCCUUGCAUACACGAUGUCUUGCAGGUUGCCUCAAUACAUUGUGUAGGUCACACUAUUUCCACUAGCACUGACACUAGAGAAUUUGGGUCUGAAAGAGGAGAAAUAUCCCUAUGCCCACGAAACAGAGAUCCCCUGCUUAGUGGCAGCAAUCGUCUUCUAAAUCCUGUCUAUAUUCAGGAGCAUGUCUGGGACCAUUAAAUACCUAAGCAUUGAAAAAAAGCUUCUUAUCCAGUGACCAGUUCAGCCCCUGUAGAUAACACUUCUUAAAAUAGGCACUGGUAUCUAGACUCUCUGUCAGGACUGCACCACGGGUGAAUGCCACAGCAUAUGGCCUAAGAAAACCAUUCAGAGACAAGAUGAAUGUUCAGCAAAAUUUGUCUGAGCUUUUCCUGUAUUGAGUCCCUUUUCCUGGCUGUGAUACCUAUUUACUGUGAAACUGUUGUCUGUCCCUCUGCUACCUACCUCUGAUUGAUUUUCUGAAUCACCUAAAUCUGUUAUCAGUUAUUUUUCUAAAACAUAAGUCUGAUCACGUCACUCCUCUGUCCAGAGUUUUUCAAUGGCUUCCCAUUGGCUAUGAGAUGAAACGCCUCUCUCUUUGUAUGGGGUGAGGAAGGGCUGUCAUGACCUAGAUCCUGUUCUCUGUUCCAGUUUAAUUCCUCCUCUCCCCACCUCACCCCUGGCAUUUUAUACUGUGUCAACCCUGAACUAAUUCCCCCAAAGCAGAAUUUACGGCUGUUUGAUUGCCUUUGCACACACAGUCCGCUCCCCUGGAAUAGACUUUUUUUUUUUCCUGUUAAGAUAUAUGGAGGCUCUUUCUACUAGACUGAUGUGCCUCCUGCAAAUCAAUGAUAUGAUGAUAACUUGCCAGUCUCCAUUCUCUUUAUAAGGUUGUGAGGGAGAGUGUUAUCUUUCCAUGCUGUUUUAGCCUCAGCUCUAGUAGAGUAUUAUACAUAUCCACUCAUUAAAUAUUUAUUGCUUUAGGAACAGUAGAAACAGUGGUAAACACACAGGUAGGGCUCCUGCUCUUGAGUUUACAUUCUAAUAUGUGUAAGUGUGUGGCACUAAGUAAGUAAACAAAUGUUAAUGACAUCUCUAAGAGACCUAGAGGAAACAGGAAGGAUCAGAUGAUAGGGAAGGGAGCCGGUGGUGGCAAGGGGAGAACUAAUCUAGACAGCGAUUUCUGGGAAAACCUCACCAAGGAGGUGAUAUUUGAGCGAAGGUCUGACAAGGUUGAGAAUCCAAAGAGUUUGGGGCAAUGUUGUAAGCAGAGGAGAAAGCAAAUGCAAUGGACCCUAAUACAGCAAUGAACCUGACACGGUAGAGGAAUGGAAAGAAGACUAGUGUGGGUGGAGCACAAGGGGAGAGUGGUUCGAGGUGUGCUUGGAGAGGUAGGGGGGAUUUGGAUUAUGUAGGCUUUUCUUGAAUUGAAUGCGUCAUCUAUUUAUGCAUGAUUGGUUGUCCUCAUUCUCCUGCCUAGCGUUGGGUUCCACUUCUCCCCAGCUGUGUUCCCACUGGACCUGAUAUCAUGGCAAUAAGAGCAAGAGUGUUAUACAUUUCUCCAGUUUUAUUGGUGGAAUUUCACCAGCUUUGGAAACAUUAAGGGAAUCAACUUGUUUUCAGUGUUUGUUCUAAGCAGGCCUUUGACAGGAGCCAGAAUGAAUUCAGGAUGAUGUGGGUGAUGAUUGCAGAGGAACUAGACUAAGUACACUUCAUGGAGAUCUCUAGGAAUAUGCCCAGGAUGGAACUCCUUCCAUUUGCACCUGGCUUUUGUCUUCAUCCGAACCAGUGACCUAAAAAAUAAAAGAAGAGUUCCAUGUACAGUGAUCAGUUCACUCCCUACACCAGCAGAACGUUAGGGCAGAACCCAGUGCAAAGACCAUGAGUGAACUCUAGAAAUGUAACUGCAUUUUCCCAAGAUGGCAAUUGGACUUAAAAAAUACAUAUAUGUAUGUAUGUGCACCGAAGGAUAUAACUGCUGAUCUGAAGGCUCUAAAAGGCUUCAGAGUAACAGUGAAGUGGACUACUCGUUCUUCUUCCAGCUGUUGUUUUCACAACACUGUUGACAGUUGAAAUCCAUCACACAGGCGGGGGAUGGGUCAGCCCAGUGAUGGGUAUUAAGGAGGGCACGUACUGCAUGGAGCACUGGGUGUUAUACACAAACAAUGAAUCAUGGAACACUACAUCAAAAACUAAUGAUGUAAUGUAUGAUGACUAACAUAACAUAAUAAAAUAAAAAAAAUAAAAAAAAAUCCAUCACACAUUCUCUUGUCCUUUUAAUGUCAACACUUACUAUUCCAAGUGGACUAUAGAAUCAGACCAAAAUAGAAGGAUGCAGACUGAUAUCUCGGAGGUAAACUAAGAACUGGACCAAAUUAAAUAAAAGUAAUUUGCAAUCUAACUCACAGUUACGUAUUGUACAAGAGGCUGUUUGUCCUGGUGAAACAGAGGCUUUCGGUGCUUGCUUUGUUUUGACAACCUGUUACCAGAGGGGAAUUUCAUACAGAACAGGCAAAAUUUUGAAUUAGAAUUAAAUUAAAAAAAAAUGGAACAGGCAAAAUUUUGAAUUAGAAUUAAAUUUAAAAAAAAUGGAACAGGUUGUGAAAUACGGAUAGCCUUCUUGAUGUUGAUUUCCUUUGAUGCUUAAGCAUUGUUUGAAGUCAAGAAAACAAUGCCAUCUCCAGUUUUUGUUGUUGUCGAUCUCCUCAGGAAAAGUGUGACCUCCUUCCUUCUCUUUACAUUGGCAUCUGGCCCAUGCCUUUACCUUCAACUUUUAUAACUGCUUUCAAAUUGUAUUAACUUUGAAGACUAAGAGCCUUCAAACGACCCACAUUUGAAUCCUGGGCCGACUUGAUCUUUUUUUUUUUUAAUUUUAGUAUGGAUAUGAAAUUUUGCUUAAAACCCCAGUAGUUUAAAAUGUGGCAUCCUACAGAAUGUCACACCAUAUAAAAAAUUCUGGUGUCCUUGAAGUUUCCCCCUGAAAGGGAAAAAUUACAAAUGAAUAUAGGUUCAAGUCAGUCCAAUUUCCUGUUUUUCUUAAAAUUUUCCUGUACAACACAUAAAUUUAUCAAACUCCUUUCCUGGUGACAAUACUUCAUUAGAUUACUUUAGUAUUGGGGAGAUUUUAAUCUUAUGAGUCAUAAAAUUCUUUUAUUCCCCAGGGAAUUUCCUGUGUCUGCCUGGAAUUUCAUGUCUUUGUAGUUUUAGCUGGACUCCUUGAAGCAGUUACUCUCUAAAUGACUGUGCUCUUGAGGUCUGUGUGUAAUACCUGGGGAACCAGGUCACAGAUUGGCUCCUGCUUUUCAAGAAAAUUGAAAAAUUAAUCCCUUUCACUGCCUUAGUCUUAGUAACUGUAUUCAGACAUUUCCUUAAAAUUUUUAACCUCUUCCUCUCAUGAUGGAGGUGUUUUCACUUGCUGCUUUUGCAGUACCCAGCAUUAAUCUUUUUGUGCCCACUUGGGCAGACUUUUGUCUUAUUUCUGUGACUGUACCCCAGUGACUUGAUGUUCGUGGGUUGCUCGCCUGUCCCAUCAGAUUUUCAUCACUCGGUGUAAAGGAAAAGGAGAUAGAGUUACAAAUAUAUUGGACCAUUUAGCAAUUGAUGAGAAAUGCCUUUAGAUAUCCUCUUUCCUCCUCUAUUUUUUUCUUUUUUCUUUUCUUUUCUUUCUUUCCUUUUCUUUCUUUCUUUCUUUCUUUCUUUCUUUCUUUCUUUCUUUCUUUCUUUCUUUCUUUCUUUCUUUCUUUCUUUCUUUCUUUCUUUCUUCUUUCUUUCGCUCUUUUUGAAGAAGGUGAAAGUCAGGUUAUUGUGGAAAGGCAGAACCCUUGUGUGUUCUCAUCUGAAAGGUCCGGGAAAGUGAAGAUGAUACUUUUUGACAUGUGAGUUUCAGAAAUUCUUGGUGAUUAUUGCUAACACACACUUUGCUUAUGUGAGAAGCUUCAUCUGCAUGUGCAUGUCUCUGUGUGUUUGAAAAGAUAGUGCCGAACUGUGUUCUGAUAAUAAAUGGCAGCUGAGCAUGCACAGAGACAACUGACGUCUAAGUCUGGAUAUGCUAUUUGGCAAGGCUCAUCUGACAUGGGACACACGAAAAAUGUAAGGCUGCUAGAACAUCGACACUAACAAAUUAUUCAGAAGUAGAUUACUAGAAAUUCUUUUACUAGAUUUCAGUAUGUUUGGUGUCUUUAAGGACAAAUCUAGAAUUUUAUCCGGAAAGCUAGGUACUUAUAUAAUACUUCUCUUAUGGCUACUUUCUCAUUUUUUCAGCAUAGAAAAAGCACUUUUUAAAAAUUUGAGAUAAAUAAAGGAAGGUAUUCUAUUUAUAAAUCGUGAAGGAAUAUAUGUCCCAGGUUAGAAUUUUACUUGGUUGAUUAGUAUAUCAUUUAUUUUUAGAGUAGAGAAAAAUCAAUGCAACAAUUACUUGCUAUUUAUGUAUAUACGGAAAAUAUAAGUCCUUGGAAUGUAGCACACAUUAUCAUUGCAUAAUCUAUAUCCAUAUGCUGUUUAUAACAAGCUGAAAUGUUAGACCCAUGAGAAAAGAACCAGAUUCUGGCACAGGAAUGUUUUGUGGUAAAGAAAGAUGAAUGGAUUCCAAAAAAAAAAAAAAAAAAUCUUUUUUAAAGCUUGAUGGUUCCACAGUAACACAAGAGAGCUGAAAUGGGGUUUGGAGAUAUAUAUGUUAGCGUCAGCUGACACUUAAAACAGUUAAUUCCCUUCUUCAUCUGCGUUCUCCAGCUCUUCUGAUCCUGGCUUAGGUAAAUGAACUGGCUCACCUUCUGAGCAGGUAAAGGCAGGAGCAAAGAUGUCUGGCCAUGUAACCUCUCCCUAGCCUCUUCCCUCAUCCCCUUACGUGGUCCUUCUUUAACAGUCGUUUUUCCUAAUGGGGACAGAUCUGUAUCAGUUAGUGAUGCAGGGGUUGGAGCCCCUUGGCUUAACUGCUGUGAGCAUGUUGCUCAUGAUGCAAGGGCCUCAGGUUUGAUUGCCAGUGUAUUUUCAUACAACGAGAAGGCCUUAGUCCAGACAUGUAUUGCUCCCAACACCAUUUCUUAUAUAAAUUCAAGAUAAGGGGAUUUGUGUGUAUGAAAAUGACUCAUGAAAAAUAUAUUCUGAUCUCAUUAGAAUGGCUAUUAUUAAAAAAAAACAGAAAAUAAUGAGUGUUGGAGAGGAUGUGGAGAAAUUAGAAAUUACUGAUGAGAAUAUAAAAUGGUGUAGCUAGUACAGAAAGCUGUAUGACAGUUCCUCAAAAAAUUAAACACAGCAAUUCCACUUUUAGGUAUGUGCUCAAAAGACCUGAAAACAGGGACUUGAACAGGGUCUGUACACCAGUGUUCACAGCAGCAUUAUUCACAGUUGCCAAAGAGCAGAAACAACUCAAACAUCCAUUGAAGGAUGAAUGGAUAAACAAAAUGUGCCAUAUGCCUAAAAUGGAGUAUUAUUCAGCCUUAAAAAGGAAUGAAAUUCUGAUAAAUGCCACAACAUGGAUGAAUCUUGAAAACAUUAUGCUACAUGAAAUAAGCCAAGCACAAAAGAACAAAUAUUAUAUGAUUCCAUUUAUAUGAGGUACCUAGAAUAGUCGAAUUCAUCAAGACCUAGAGUCAUAGGGACAGAAAGUAGAAUGGUGGUUACUUACCAGGGACUGGGAGAUGGUGGGAGUGGGGAAUUACUGUUUAAUGGAUACAAAGUUUUAGUUUGGGAAGAUAAAAAAAUCCUGGAAGAUGGAUAGUGGUGAUGGUUGCCCAGCAGUAUGAAUGUACUUAAUGCCACUGAACUGUAUACCUAAAAAUGAUUAAAAUGGUAAAUUUUAUUUUAUGUAUAUUUUACCACUAUAUAUACAUAUAUAUUGGAAAAAUGCAUGUGUGUGUGUAUCUACUCCAUUCUCAAUACUCUAUUAUAAUACUACUUCACUUCUGAUACCAGACAUGUGGGUUUUCCACAUAUCAAGCAAUUCUGUAACACCAUCUGGAUGUCUUACAAUUUGACUCCAUUCUAACAUUGUCUACCUGAAGAUAAUGUCACAUCCCACAUGUUGGUGAAAGGCUCAGUCCCACAAGACUCCCCUUACCUCCCCUUCAGAUGUCAAAUACAAGGCCAGGUUGUUGUUACUUAGGCUUCUGAUGGACCUAUGGCUAUAAAUUGAAAGUUCCCAUAACCCCCUCUUCAGGUUGAAUUAAUUUGCUAGGGUGGCUCACAGAACUCAGGAAAAAGUUUUCUUACUAGAUGACCAUUUUGUUAUAAAGGGAUAUAACUCAGGAAGAGAUGCACAGGGCAUUUAUGUGGGAAGUUGUUGCAAAGCUUCCAUACCCUAACUGGGAGCCCUACUUUCCUAGCACUUCCACAUAUUCAUCAACCAGGAAGCUCUGUGAACCCAUCCUUUUGGGUUUUUAAUGGAGAUUGAAAGUUGGAGAGUUCCAACCCUUUAAUCACAUGGCUGAUUCCUGGGGCAACCAGCCCCCAUCCUUAGGUCACCUAAGGGCUUUCCAAAAGUUAUCUCAUUAACAUAAACUCAAGUGUGGUUGAAAGGGGCUUGUUAUGAAUAACAAAAUACACCUUUGUCCCUCCAAUCACUUAGGAAGUUCCAAGCGUUUUAGGAGUCUGUGCCAAGAAGGGGGCAAAGACGAAACAUGUAUUUCUUAUUACAAAUGGAAUUAUCAGUCUACCCCCUUGUCUUCAAACCUGGAUCCCUUUGUUUGCAUUGCUUCCAUUGGAGAUCUUGUCAGGAACAGGAGUGAAGACAAAAUAUGUAUUUCUUAUAAAUCACAAUAUCACUGUAUAUAAAUAUAUAUUAUCUACUGUUAUUUACCUUCGCUUUUAUUGAAUAGUAGUUAUUUUUAAAAGUCCUAUCUAAGAAUUUUUCAAACCAUCAUAACUAGAGAUUUAACAAUAAGAAGUUAGACUUUGAACUACAGUGACAAAACGAAAAGAUAUGUGUUCCUUCCCUACCCUCCCAAAUCCCAAUUAAAACAACUAAAGGAAUAUAAAAGAUCUUUCUAAACUUUGAGAAUUCCUGUCAAAUAAGGUAGAUUAGGGUGUGAUUAAUGGAUGACACUAAGGGAAGGUUUGUCAUUCUCCCUUAUGAGAAAGUGGUAUGGUUGCAGUUAGGACGAUCCUGUCAGAACCCAAAUAGUACUUCUGAAGUUGGAGAGUUGAGAGAACUUAAAGGCCAGGUUAGUCCCUGGGAGAGGUGGGGAACUUGCCAUUUUGGAAAUCCUUCACUACUAUUGAACAAUUAAAUUCAAAAGCAAUUGAAUGGAUUAGGUCUAAAGAUGAUUAUCAUUAUACAAUAUAGGUAAGAAUUUGAACCUAUCCUUGCUGGGCCAGGCAGUAGCUAGCAACCAGAUGGACACCAGACAUAGUCCCAUCAUAUACUUGGGAAGGAAGCCAGAGGAAAUUCCAUGUGGGGAAAAUGGUCCUUGGCAUAAAAGAUUUGCCAAAUACAGUGAAAAGUGUUGUAGUUUUUUGAAUGUUUUUUGAAUGUUGCUGUGUUGGAGUUCGGAGCCGAUGGUCAAGAAAGAAUUCUUGAGACAUCUUCGCUGCAAAAAGUUAGUUUUAUUCAACCACGGGGGCAGGAACCGUGGUCAGAAAGAGCUGCUGCCGCUGUUGCCGGCUGCCUCCAGCUGCCCUGGGAUUGUGAGGAGCAACUGAUUAUAUACCUUGGGAUUGGGGAAGUAAAGAGAAGGGAAGUUCCAAAAGGACUUUCAUAUACUAAAGGAGACUCAGGAUCCUGGAGGAAUGUUAUAAUCUGCCUAUCUCAAGUGUUUGUCAAUGGGUGGCUGGUUAUAAGGACAUUUAAUUUUACAUUUCCUUCUGCCUUUAUUUCCCAUAUCAAAAUGUAUAGAAAGACAAAUGUCCCCAGUGAGGAUAACCUGUAACACCUGCUCCCUCCUAGUCCUCAGUGUUACUGGAUCACUGACCUGGUAAUAUAAAUUAGAUCUUCAGCUCUCUGUGUGAGAGGAGACUUGUAACAGUACAUAGGUGGACAGGAAAGAACUGAAGAAGAAUAUAUGUCCAUAAUAACUUGGGGCCAAUAGCAGGCCCAAGUGUACUUUUUUUUUUUUUUGAUUUCAUUUAUUUAUUUGACGGAGAGAGACACAGUGAGAGAGGGAACACAAGCAGGGGGAGUGGGAGAGGGAGAAGCAGGCUUUCCGAGGAGCAGGAAGCCCGACGUGGGGCUCGAUCCCAGGAUUCUGGGAUCAUGACCUGAGCCGAAGGCAGACAGACGCUUAAUGACUGAGCCACUGAGGGCCCUCCCACUUCUUUUGAUUAGUGUGGGAAGCAGAAAAUGAUCAGGCACGGAACCUACAAAAUAUUCGGCAGUGUAAGCAAAUGAAAAUAACAAAGCUCUGGGAGAAAGCAUCCAUGUUAAAAAAUAAUUUCAUUGAAAAAGUAUUUGCAUUCUCAAUAAGAGAUAAAAAAAUCUUUAUAAAAGAGAUGAAAGAUGAAAUGUCAUCACAAACUCAGAUGUGACACAGCUGAUAAAAUCAAGAAAAUUCUGCAAGGAAACUAACAAUCUUAUAGCUGAAUUGAAAACUUCAUUAGAAGCAGUAAAGAACCAAAUUGAAUCUACUAAAUAUACACUUAGUAAUCUGGAGAGCCACUUGACAAACUAUUUUAUAAUGCAGAGGAAAAGGAAAAUAAAAUGACUGGAAGAUUGUCAGUAAUAAGAUGACAGAUGUAGAUGAUAGAAAACAGUGAUUCAAGUGAGUGGAUGAUUGGUGUCCCUCAGGAAGAAAAAUGGAAAAGACAAAAAUCAUAAAGAAGAAAACAAUUAAGAAGUAUAUUAAGAAAGAUAGUAGGUGCCUGGGUGGCUCAGUCAGUUAAGCGUCUGACUCUUGCUUCUAGCUCAAGUAGUGAUUUCAGGUUGUGAGAUCAAGCCCUGCAUGGGACUCUGCCCUGGGCAUGGAGCCUCCUUAGGAUUCUCUCUCUCCUUCUCCCCCUGCACCUCCCCCUGCCAAAGUCUAUGGAUCCACUAGAGGAAAAGUCAAAGGAAAAAGGGAAAUCACAUGACAUAUAAAAUCAGAAAAUAAGAUGACAGAUGUUGAGAUGAAGUAUACUUGUUUUUAUAUAAAUGGAAAUGGGAUAAACUUUCCUUUUAAGAGAUAGAAGUCCUCAAGAUUAGUUUAAAGAAUCCAACUCUCCAAAAUGUGUACUCUAUCUAAAAGGGAUGCUCAAAACAAAAUGACACAGAAAAGUUAAAAUGUUAAAAAUGGAAGGAUGGCAAAGAUUGUAGCAAACUAAAUGAAAGGAGUCACAUUUUACUAUCAAAAUGAAACUAAAGGCAAACAACACCAAACAUUUCUAAAAGAGGUUUUUAAAAAAAUUGGCUAAGUCUGCAAUCUACGAUGAAGAUGUAAUGAUCUUGAAACUUUAUAUGCCAAUAACAUAACCUCAAAAUAUACAUGAAAAAAAUGCUAGAGAUAGAGGAAAUUGAAACGCAAGUGUAAUGACAGACUUCAACAUCUUUCAGUGUUUGAUAGAUCAAAUUGGGAAAAAUAAAACAUGGGUCUCUGAACAUAAUUCACAAUGUUGCUGAAGUGGAUAUACAUCAACUUAGGAUAACAUGAGGAUACCACCAACUUAUUUGCAAGUAUCCAAAGAAGAAUUAAGAAAAUAUGAAAGCCUUAAAGUAUAAACUGAUCAGUCCAGACAACUGUACGAAUCAUAAUCUGAGUAAAAUAUAGGAAAGCAGAAAUUAAUAAUAAAGUGGAAGCAAAAAUCCCAACAACUUUUUAAACAUAGAACUCCUUGAAUGACUCUUGAAUGAAAUAAGCAAGCAGAACUACAUUUAUACAACGUUUUUCUGUGAACAACUGAUUUUUCUGCCUAGAGGCUUAUAGGAGUUUAUAUCUUAAUGUUAAAUAAUUUCCUCAGUAUAAUUCUGUUUUGAUGGUCUGUAUUAAUUUUUUUAAAUCUUUUUUUCUUUAAUUUAUUUAUUUGUCAGAGAGAGAGAGAGCACAAGCAGGGGGAGUAGCAGGCAGAGGGAGAAGCAGGCUCCCCACUGAGCAAGGAGCUCAAUGUGGGAGUUGAUUCCAGGACCCAGGACCAUGACCUGAGCCAAAGGUAGACGCCUAACCAACUGAGCCACCCAGGCAUCCUGUAUUAAUUUUUUUUUUUUUAAGAUUUACUUAUUUGAGAUAGAGAGUGCAAGUGGGGGAAGGGGCAAAGGAAGAGGGAGAGAGAAAAUCUCAAGCAGACUCCAUGCUGAGUGCAGAGCCUGACAUGGGGCUUCAUCUCAUGACUCUGAGAUCAUGAUCUGAGCUGAAAUCAAGAGUCCAAUGCUUAACUGACUGAGCCACUCAAGUGCCCCUGUAUUAAUUUUUCCUGAAACAUCUUGAAUCCUUACUAUCUAUAGAUUUAGUUAUUAAUUUUAGGAAACAUUCACUCUGUUUUAACUGGGAAAAUAUUUGUUUUAUUCAUUUUGCUUUCUGUUUUAGGGUCUCCCUCUUUUGUUGUUUGCUCUCCAAAUGUAUCAUACAUAUACAUACAUGGUUGCUUUCAUCUGUCUAUUUUCUUCCAUAUCCACUUUUCUUGAGCUGUUUUUUCUUGUCAGAGAUUCAAUUUUCUUCUGUGUCAGUUCUGCUCUUUGACAUUUCUAAUACAUUUCCUAUUUCUGAAAUAAUAGGGAUUUUUAGUUUUUUCCUUGACUCUGCUAAUGACUUUUCAUUUCAAUCUGUUGUCCACUUAGCUCCUUUUGAAAUCUCUUGUGGAGUUCAUAUUUUCUUUAAUUUCCUUGAGAGUUAUUAACUGUUUGUGGUUUAAUUUCUUUCUCUGUUUUCUGGGAUAAAACUUCCAGGGGCGAAAAAAAAAAACAAACCAACAUUACUUGUGUUUUGAGUACUUAGACUUCUUUCACUGGAGAAAUUUUUCCUUUCUUUUUUAGCUUACUCAUUUAUGAAGGGCAGUUCUAAAAUUUUUUGUCCAAAAAUGGUGGUAGGUGUUUUCUCCUUGAGUCUCCUCCUCCCUGUCUACCCGGAAUUUGGCUGUCUGCCUUCACACAGGAGCAUGAGGAGCAUGGACUGUUAACCCAUCAGUGGCUUCGGAGAACUGUGGGAGGAGGAGGAGCGCUGGGUCCUCUUUCACUGCAUGACCGGUUUGUUUGGUCUUCUGCAUCUAGAAGCCCUGUAUUCAGCACUUGCUGACUUUGGGGACACCUUCCAAGUUUGAACUGUCCUUCCACUUCAGAGUGGACCCUUUGGGUGCUCUGAUACGGAGGCCCCAAAGGUUUUGAAUUAUACAUUUAAUGUGGUCCAUUGUUUUUUAUGUUUGGGGAGACUGAUUCCCUCUUAUUCAUUCUCUCUCCUACCCUUGUUUGUCAGCAAAGACAAUUAACAUCCUCCAAAUCAUUCUCCAAGUCCCACUUCCCCUCACCAGAAAUGUUUAAUAUCAAAUUUCAGUAGUUGUCCUGAUGUCCGUCUUUUCUUUAGCUGUCACGUGCAGAAUGAGACUCUGGCUGCCUGCUUCCACCCCUCCCGUGGUGGCCCACACACCGGGGCAUCCUCACUGGGCUGUCUGGGGUGUUUCUGAAUUUCUGUUUCACAGAUAGCACUUCUCAAAGGUUGUUGUAUGAUGUUGAUAAUGUUCCUAGUUUCAGGACUGAAAAAAUAUUCUUGGCUUUUUCAAAAACUGAUUUCAUUUGAUUUCUGCUAAGGGAAAUCAUCAAGUUUGCAUCUAUGCUGCUUUAUGCCCAGAGUCUGCUUCUUGGCUUUUGCUUUUGUUGCUCUCUGAUAUUCUCUCCACUCCAUACACUGCAGCCCAACGACAGAUGACUCACUCCACUUGUAACUGCCCUGCUGCCUAGCUAGAUGCAGCCUCUCAGGCUUUCCAGUUACCUUAUCUGGUGGGAGAAACUUGAUCAUUUCCCUAGAUUCUUUGCAAAGACUGGCAUAUUUUUUUGAAAAGCUUUAGUAAUGGAGAAUCUUUGCUCUUGAGGUGUUCACUUUUCGAAGUAUGCUCAGAUUACCCUUGUCACUGUCUUAUGUAGAAUUUUCCCUGGUUUAAAGGCUACUUAUUCACAGCUUGUGGGCUGGGAGGGUCUUGUGUCUGGAUAGAAAAUGGUGAUGCAAAUUUUGAUGGUAGCUAAGGAAUGGAGAAGGGAUGGAAAUUAGAGGUAAUAGUACUCAUAGUAGUUAAUGACUAAGUGGGUAUGGGAAUACAACAGAUGAGUUUUGAAUAUUGGUAAUUAAACAAUGCUGAUACCAUCAUCAGGGAAAAUAUAUAUAAGUCAAUCUCUGAUUUGUACUUUGAAUCCAGUUACUUUUGUUUUAUAAGAUGAGAUAAAGAACUCUUUCUGAUUUUUUGCACUUUCCUGUUAAAAUUUUGUUGUUGUUUCUCCAUCUUUUGGCCAAGACCAAAUCUACAUUUACAAAUGUUUUUGGCUAUUUCAAGACUAUGUUGAGUUUAUUCUUUAACUUUCUUAUUGGCAGACUACAUAAUCUUACUUACUAGUUUAUUUAACCAUUUGUAUAAGCCAUUUCCUUUAACCCUUUUAUUGUAUUUGUGAUUGUCUUCUGAAUCUCUUCCAUGUUUCUACAUAGCUCUCUGGAUGUUUAAUUCAGAUUUGGUCAUAAUACCUCAUCACAGUUACAGGUUAAGCAGUAUUGAUUUUGAAUAAAGAAUGGCACAUCAAGUUUCUAAAAAUCUGUGUACCUGUUUAACUAUGCUAGUAUAAUGUUACGCUAUACUGGUCACUGAGGGUCAGGUUGUCAUGUUUUCUAAUAAGCACUUUGAAAGAUUUUGAUAACAUUUUGUGAAAGUUUCUAGCAAAGUGUUGAUGGACUUCUAGGCAAUAUUCCUCCUUCUCUGGAAGGUAAAGGUCUUGACAUUCAUUUCUAAUUAGAAAAGAAUUUAUCAAGGUCACAGUAAAAGAUAAGUCAGAGGGGUUAGUAACACAAAGUCGGUGAACUCCUGAAGUUUUGGUAUAUGUAUUUGGAUUAAUAUUUUUCCAGAUAGGGUCCAGGUAUUUCAUUCAUUUUUCAAUAAUCCCCAAUAAUCUCAGGAAGUGGUUUUUUUAAAUUUCAAGUUACAGAAGAAGAAACUGAGGCUCAGUAAGGUUGUAUUACUCAUCAGAUAUUUCAUAGAUAGCAAAUUGCAGAGCCAGGAUUUGAACCUAGUUGUGCAUGUGUGUAAAUUAAACUUUAAAUACCAUGUUUUUCCACUUAACACAUCCUACUUAAAAGUUGAGCUGUAAAAAGUGGUUGUAUUCUAGGAAAAGUCAUGAUAGGAAAACCAGGGAGGAUUAAGAAAUUUCAAAAUGGUGUCCAUGAAUUAUUUAGGCAUACACAGGCUUUAGAUCAGGAAUCUUUAAGUUGGGGCUUUGGAUUGAAUUUGGAGGAUCCAUGAAGUUGGAUGAAAAAGAAAUCCAAAUUUGUUUUAACUAAUCACAAUUUCUUUCAAUUGUAGAUGUAAAAAAUAACCCACAGUAGUAUUUGUGACUUUAUAACCAAUAGAAAUCAUAGAUAUUUUCAUAUCAUAUUACAGUUGUCACAGAUAUCUUAAAAUAACAUUUAUACUCAUAACCACUUCAAAAUUAUGGCAAUUAUUAAAGCCACCAUUAGAGCUUGUUAAUAAAAAAAAGUGCAUUUAUUACUAUGUCACAAAUUUGUGGGGGUUUUUUUCAGUAUUUUGAUGACAUUAAUGAUUGUUUUUUCUUUGUAAUGCCAUGUAUUUCCUUUCAUUCAUUUAAAAACAUUAUCCUGCGGGGUCCAUAAGCUUCACCAGAUUUCCAAAAAGCUCAUGUAACAAACCCUGCUUUGGGCAUUACAUCAUCAUUUCAUCAUUUUCAAAGAUAUUUUUUUAGCAUAUUGAGCAUGGGACAUGCAGCUCAGGAUUUCAUACAUAUAAUAUUACUUAUUGAAAAGGAAAUUUAUAAAAAUCAUUAAUCAUCUGUCUGGUAGAAUGUGGACUUUUUGGCUUUCAGGAAAUGUUUGUAGCUUCUUACUCUAUUUUUUUUCUUUCAUCACUAGUUAUAUUCUGUCAUAAUAUAUUCUGUAUCGACCUGACAACUCUCUGAGCUGCCACAGAGAUGGUUUGGUGUAGUAUCUAAAAGCAAAAACUUGGAGACAAUCCCGGUUCACAUGCAAACUUCACCACUUAAUAGUGCACAGGAAAGUGGCCUUGUGAAAGAUACAUGAUAAUCUCUAAACCUUAGUCUCUCCACCUGUAAAAUGAGGAUAAAUAGGGUUGCUGUGAGGUAUAUAUAAGACAAGAAAUGUAAGCCAGUUAGCACAGCUUAUGACAAAUAAUAACAAUAAUGUUCAUUGGAGAUGGACUUGCAUAUGGCUGACUACUCUUAUACUCUCCAUUCUAGUCUCUCUGAAUCUCAUGACCUACAUAGUGAUGGGAAUCUUGGUAGAGACAACUUGGGUAAAGCUUUUGGCCUUAUGGACUGGGGGACCAGAAAGAAGUGUCAUGGAGCAUGAUGGUGAGAUUUUUAAUGUGACAGAUCAUUGCAAGAGUUUGAGAUUCAUGGACUCCAGGAGUAAAGAUUAACAUAGCCAUUCAUAAAUGUACCUGGCCUUCUUGCUCCCAAGAGGUUAAGAAGAAACUAAGUAUCUAGGCUGAGUCUGUCCCUCAGAGGAAACUUGGAUACAAGGAGGCUUUGUCUUCCUCAUGUCCUUGGCAAGAUCUGGCAGCUCAUCGGUGUAUUUCCAAUGUCUGCAGGACUACUAGCUUUUGGAUUAUGUUAAUAAUGAGUCCUGGGCCAAAUGAGCCAACAAAGAAAAAUGGCAACACAUCUAGGGAAUCCAGCAUUCAGACGAGAUCAAUCAAAACAAAGAGUCACAUAUCUGAUGAAAUAGAACUCUAGCUAAACCAAACCAAACAAACCAAACAAACAGAGCCAACUGGGAUGACACUGGUUGCCUAAUGUAAUUAUAUUCAUCCUUUUUUAUUCAGGGCAGAGUAACUCCCUCCCCAGGUGAAUAAUAAUUGACCUAAGCUAAUCAUAAAGUUCCAUUCCCCCUGUCAGUGAUUAGUUUCAGCUUGGACAGAUGCCCCAUUCCUGGUCAGUUGCAUCCCAGGGAACAUCUAAGUGGAGGUUUCUGGUAAAAGUUCUCCUCACUAAUAAAAAGAGACACACUAGUGGAAAUCAUUCCAUUUUCACUGGAUAUUGUCCUGUCUGCCUGUGGUGUUUGGAAUUGCUGCAGCCAUUGUGUGGCCAUGAGGGGAGGCCUCACUGACAGGAUGAGGAGGACAAAGGAAAACACAUUGGCCUUUAUGAGGUAGUUGUACCAUUUACUGGACCAACAGGGAGCCACAUAAACAUAGACUCCUUAUUACAUAAGUUAAUAAUUUUCUUAAUUUUUAAGCCACUUUUAUUUCCAUCAUCUCUUUCUUGCAGCUGAAAUAUAGUAUCUGAUACAAUUAAAGGACUUCAUGUCUAGCCUCUCCAAGAAGUGGAGAUUUGAAAAUAUCAUGAUUUUGCGACUAAACAGUUGAGUAAGUAAAUUGAAGGAGGCCACUGCUGACACCCCAAUUGGAAGAAAUAUCUGAAAGCAUGUAGUAAAAACAGAGGUCUAUAUCAUGAACGAAAAAUGGAGAGACUUGCAAAAUAGUUUUGGGAGCCUUAACGUAUAAAGAAUAGAUGUUAAAAAAAAUUUUUUUUUUUUCUAACCUAAAGAAAGACUCAAGCCUGUGUAGUGGAAGAAAAAUAUAUUUUUCCUAUACCCUUUUAAUCUUUCAACUGGGGUUCCUGUAACAAAAGGCAGAUUAAUAAGAGAAAAGCAAGCAAAUUUUUUAGUAUGUUUUACAUGACACAAAAACCUUCAUAAGGAGAUGAAGACCCAAAGAAGUGGUUUAACCUGAGUUUUCCUGCUAGGUUUGAUGAAGAGUGGAGACUCAUGAAAAAAUGUGAUAGAAUAAAAAAGGAUAUGAGCUAAGUGUUGCAGGUUGGGGGAAAUAGUGAGGCCUGUUCGUUCCAAUUUCUUUUCAGUGCUUUCUGAGUCUUGGAGAUAAGGAUGUUCCCUUUUUCCAGGUUUAGGCACAGCACCUCUCACAUGAAGGUUUUAUGACCUGCUUCAGGGGAGGGUCAUGCCAUUUCUCAAAUGCCUAAAAUAUUCCAUAUGUCAAGCUGCUGUAUUUUGGGGUAACAUGUCCUGAACCCCAUCACCUGCAGCUUGAACAGGUUCACCACAUUCUAUGUAGGCUUAAUAAGAAGGCAUAGGCACCUAAAGCCUAGCCUGAUGACAUUCCUGCACUUCAAGGAUAAAGGGAGAAUUGUAUAAACUUCCAAAUUCACAAUAGAAGUGUCAGGUUAGUAUUAGAUUUCUCAUUUGCAACCCUGGAAUCUGGAAGAUGGCAGGGUGAAUGUGUAGAGAUGAGGAGAGGAGGAAAGUGAGGAAAGUUUUCUAAAGGCUUUAUCUCACAUGGGUGGGAGGAAGGGGAAGCAGGAAAGGGAGGAUAAAGCAUCAUGAUUUGGAAAACAAUGGGUCUUUCUGGAGGAAAUUGUAUCUUAUAGGUAAUGUUUUGUAGAUAACUCAGUGUUGUGAGCGUAGACAAAGGGAAAGUGAUGUAACAAUGGGGAGAAAAAUAGAAUGCAUAAGAAUUUGGUCCAAACAGCAGAAACAAGGGGAAAACACAACUAAAAUGAAUAAUAAAUACAAAGUGAGAUGAAAGGAAGAUAGGUAUGUGAGUUGUUUAUUUUUAAUUUAAUUUAAUUUAAUUUAAUUUAAAUUCAAUUAACUAACAUAUAGUGUAUUAUUAGUUUCAGAGGGAGAGUUCAGUGAGUCAUGAGUUGUAUAUAACACCCGGGGCACGUUACAUCACGUGCCCUCCUUCAUGCCCAUCUCCCAGUGACCCCAUCCCCCCACCCACCUCCCCUCCAGCAACCUUCAGUUUGUUCCCUAGAGUUAAGAGUCUCUUAUGGUUUGUCUCCCUCUCUGAUUUCAUCUUGUUUUAUUUUCCCUCCCUUUUCCAAUGAUCCUGUGUUUUGUGUCUUAAAAUUCUGCAUAUGAGUGAAAUAUGAUAAUUUAAGUUGUCAAAUAUCAACAAACUGAUUCCCAUAAAAGACAGAAAUAGUCAGAAAUUGAGUUCAAAUCUAGCUAUUUGGUACUUACAAAAACAAAGUACAAAGGAAGCUUGAAAAUAAAGGGAUUGUCAAAAAGACAUUAGGCCAAAGCAAACAAAAAGGAAAGGAGAAAUGGCCAUACUACCAUCAGACAAAGUAGAAUUUAAGCUAAAAACACAAAAGGAUAAAAAGGCAAAUUAUGUGAUAAUAAAAGGGCAUUAUUCAUGAAGAGUAUAGAGCAAACAUAAGCCUGUAGGUAUAAAAUAACAUAACAACUAAAUGUAUGAAUCAGAAUCUUUGAAAGAAAAUUUAAUUUUAAAAUACAGAGUUAUCAUGGAUAACUCCACUAUGUCUCUUUCAGACUGAGGCAUAUGAGUAGUCAAAACUAAGUAAGGAGAUAGAAUAACCAAAUAAUACAAUCAAUAAACUUGAUUUAGUAGAUAUAUAAAGUAUCUUUCAAAUUUAAAAAAUCCCUCAAACAGGGGCGCCUGAGUGGCUCAGUUGGUUAAGCGUCUGCCUUUGGCUCAGGUCAUGAUCCCAGGGUCCUGGGAUUGAGUCCCUUAUGGACUCCCUGCUCAAUGGAGAGUCUGAUUCUCCCUCUCCCUUUGCCCCCCCGCCUCGUGCACUCUCUCUCUCUCUUGCUUUCUCUCAAAUAAAUAAAAUCUUUUAAAAAAAUCCCUCAAAUAAAAAUGUAAUUUUGUAUUUUCAUGGAACAUUAAAAAGUAGAUCAUUUACUUGGCCACAAAGAAAAUAUUAAUAAAUUUUAGACAGCAGAGAUUUUUAUAGGCCAUAUUUUUAUAAUGAUCCAAUGAAAUCAGCAAUAAAUAUCUAACUCUAUGGGAUAUGGUGAGCAUUAUAUUUAGAAGAAGAAAAUUUAUAGCCUUGAAUAUCUUCAUAAUUAAAGGAAAAAAAGAUGAAAAAUAAAGGAACUUUAUAAAAGGAACUAUAAAAACUAGGGAGAUGGAAUAAAGAUAAUAGCUCAAGUAAAUGAAAUAGAAAACAUUAAACAAUUGUGGAGAGAAAAAGCGAACUCAAAAAUGAUUCUUUGAAAGAUCAAAAAAAAAUUAACUUGUAAUGAACCCAUUUAAGAAAAAAAAAAAAAAACCCAAGCAGAAAUAUUUAUGAAAAGGAAAACCAGUAAGUAGAUAUUUGCCUUUCCUAAUAUAAGAACAUGCUAUGAAACCACAAUAAUAAAAUUAUAUUUGUAUAGAAAUAGAUAAGUACAUCAGUGGAGCAGACUAGAGAAUAUAUAAAUAAAUACCAGUUAAACAUAGUAUUUCAAUUCUGUCAAGAAUGGACAAUUUAAAUAUUGUUGAUGGCCCAGCUGCUCUUCCAUUUGAGAGGAAAUAAAAUUGAAAUAUUAUUUCAUAUACUGAAAGAAAUUCCAGAUGAAUUGAAAUCUAAUGCAAAAUAAGACAAAAAUCCUGCACAAAAUAUAGAAUAUCAUGUAUGUAGUCCAGAGGCAGGGAGCUCUUAAUAACCAAGGCCAGGAGCCCAGAAAGUGCAAAAGGAAGGGACUAAAAAAUCAUAAACAAGUCAAUACAGAAGCAACAGAUAUAAAAGGAUAAUUAUAAUGCAAAGGCCAUUAAUUAACAUCUGUAAUAUACAAAGAACAGUUACCAAUUGCAAAGAAAAAUAACGACAAUAAAUAACCCAAUAGAAAAAAGAGCAAAGAAUAUGAAGAUGCAAAUCCCAGAAAAGCAAAUAGCCAACAAACAUUAAAAGUUGACUAUCUUACAAAUAGUCAAUGAAAUACAAAUUUUGCUGAAAUGAGCUACUGGCAAUUAUUUACUGGAAGUUUUUAAAAGCUGCAACACCUGUUACUGAUGGAGGGUAUGGAGAAAAGGGUAUUCAACUGUAUUUGUUUUGGAAAGCCAUCUAGAAAUAUUUACUAAACGUAAAAAUACAUUUACCCUUUGACUUAGCAAUCCUAUUCCUAAGAAUCUAUCCCAUAGGAAGAAAAGUUCUACCAGAGAUAGGAGCAUAUGUGCAAGGUUGUUAAAACAGUAUGUUUCAUAGAGGAAAACAAGUGGAAACAAAGUCAUUCUUGUCAGUGGGCGAUGGUUGCACAGUGGACUAUUAUGCAGCUACAAGAACAUUUACAUUUAUGUGUGUAUGGAUACCUAAUAUUUUGUACGGUUAUAAGAACAUGGACAAAAAUGUGGUAGAACCCUUAUUAGGUUGUUAACAUAAGAUUUCCUGAAGGAUGAGGAAAAGGGCCAAAAAACUAGGGAAAAAGUUGCACUUAAAGUACGUAUGAUAUAUUCACAUUUAUGUGUUUACUUAUGGUUAAUACAUGUGUGUAUGACAUUUUUAAAUAGCAAUGGGAGUUAAGCAACAAGGCAUUAAAACAGUAAUUAAGAUAUUGUGCAAGCCAGAAACUCAGGGCAAUACCUGGAACUGAACAAAUGGGAGCUGAGAGCAAAUGGGAGGUAAAAAUUAUUUGUGUGGGAGAGACAUUACAAAUAAAAAUGCACAAAAAUAAAAAAUAAAAACUGUUAAAGAUCAAAGAGCUAUUAUAUUGGCUCUUGAUUUAUACCUUAAGUCAAAGUACAUGAUUUUUAAAAAUCUUUUAUGUAGCACGAGACCUUGGCAAAAUUCCCUCUAAAGGAUUUCUCCUAUGGGAGUUUUCUAAUAUGGGAAAUAUAAUUCAAAAUUAAUUUUCACCUAGCUUUUAAGAUCAUGAUUUUAAUAAUACAUGAUUGAGAUUUAAAAAAAAAUUUUUGUUAUACUAAAAGGAGGCCAAAUAUCUAAAUAAAAGGAGACUAUAUACUGUGACUACAGUGCUAGGGUACUUUAUGUGUAUGGAUGUUGACCAUGCCUUCCACAAUUUUAUGCUAUUCAAACUAGAAAAGAUCAAAGAAAUCACAUAGGUGUCCAUGACAUAUUACCAAGAGAUAGUAAUCCAUGUUAUACUCUGGUCGGUAGUGAUGAAGGAAUAAUAGGUGAGAGGUGAUCUUUGUCAAAAAAGUCUGAAACAGAGACAUUGAUUUAUUGUGUUAUCAUUUUCACAAUUUUUAUUAAUACUUUCUUCAGCCCAAAUUUGGUUCACUUAUUCAACAAACAUUUAUUUAGUGCCUACUUAGUACUAAGUAGCUAAGUCUUGUGCCUGCAGCUUGCUUCAUUUACAAGUAGUUUGGAGGGGUAAGACUUGAAUAUUACUGCACAACUAACAGAACGAUAUGUCAGCCUAUAGGCCAUGGUAUAUAUUGUGGAUGUGCUUAGACCUUUAUGUAAUAUUACUCAUUUGUUUCUUGUCAUGAUUGUCUAGGGCCAAAUUAAAAUAUGUGUGAAGUACCAUUCUACUUUGGCCAAUUUCAUCCAUCUGAAAUUCAACUUUUUUCAUGUGAUGACAUCUAAUUUUUAAUGCAUUAAACUUGCUAGUGGUCAGAAUCAAAGCCAUUGAAACUUUUGAAUUGCAAAGGCCACUUGUACCCAUGGGUCUUGCUUGAUACAGGACCUUGGCUCCAUAGAAUGGUUUAGUUUCACCUCAAAGAGCUGUUAAUAUGAGGGGUAUUAAGUGAGUUACCCUAGAAGGUCUUUAGAAUGUAGGUAGGAAUUUUAGAUAGAGAGAAAACUGUCAGCCAGGUGCCAAAAUCUUCAAUAAAUAUUAGUAAAUGACCUAGAGAUUCUAUACAUAAUUCUAUAACAAAGACUUUUGUAACUGUGUAUUUUAAAACAAAACAAGGAUUAUUUUUAAAUCCCAGAUUUCCAGAGUAACAAGAAUGUGUAUAUAGAAAAUUCAUUCAAUCAAAAUUUAUUAAAUGCUAGGCACCCUUCUGGGCACUUUGAAUGCAUCAGGAACAAAAGAAUUAUCUCUGCCAAUGUGGAGCUUACAUUCUGGUUGGGGAAAUACAGACAAUAAACAGAAAAAUUUAGAAGCAGUAAGUUAUAGAGUAUUAGAAUGUGAGUGAAAAAGAAGAGCAGAAUAAUGGGGAUUGAGCCUAAGCAAAAGAUUUUCGUAAAGGCCUUUAAAAAGAACAAAUAGCUAUCAGAGUAUGCCUUGGUUUGAUGUAGUUUGCUUCAUGCCUUUUUGAUGUAGUUUAUUAAAAAAUUUUAAUAUGUUACAGGAUGUACAGUGUUUAAUACAUUGCUUCAACUUUGCCAUGUGUCUGCUAUAAGGGCAGAACAUCUUUUGUUGUUUUGUUCUAAAAUAUUUGUGUUUAAAAGCUUUUCUGAGUAAUCUGUUCUGUUUCAAAAUAUUUUUUUCAAGAUGGGUUGUCAGAAAUUUAAAUCCUAGUAGGUGAACUAAGUUUUGAUGCAUCAUAAAAAGGUGAUGUAGACCAGUGAAGGAUCAUACAUUUAUGAAAAUAAGGAAGUGUUUUAUUGUAGCACUUAAAAGUAUAUAAUAGAAAAACAAUCUAAAGCCUAUUCAGAAAUUUAGAGAGAUGUCAGUUAGAGAAAAAUAUCAGGAGGAAAAUUAGAUAAGUAAAAGAAUUUUAACACUUAGCUCCCUCAGAAGAAGUAAUCUUACAUUUUUAACAGGCACAUAUAUUUAAGAGAGAAAUUACUUGAAAUUUUUGAUGGGUACCCAACUAAAGAAUGUGAAUAAUGGUUUUACAGUCCCCAGUGAUGCUAUGUGGUGAAUAGACCUAAUUCAGGACUGCAGUUGAAUGGAGCAUUAUUUCACUGUUGGUCUGGAUUGCAUGUCGCUGAGAAUAGACUCUGUAUUUUUUUUUUGAAUUUCCCUCCUGGUAUUCUUAAGGUCAGCUAAGCACAGUAAAUAAUCUUCACUCAGCAAGCAACCCAAAUCACCAUCCUCCUGUUCGAUGUAGCUAAUAAAUUCUGAGCAAACUCAACUCUCUGUGAAGCUUCCUAAUGGAUGCCUCACUGGACUGAAGAGCUUUUGGAAGCAAAAUAAAAUAAUCAUCUAAAGUUGAAUGUUUUUGGAUCAAGGUUACUAGGUCAACACUAAAUAUAAAACCAGUUUGAGAGACAUUUUUUAAUGGCACUUAGAAAUUAUAGCCAAAGGUCAGGUUGUUACAUGUGAUGUUGCUCAGAUCCUUUGAUGUUGAAAGUCUACAACUGACUUAUGUGUAAGAUAUACUUUUUUAAAACAUUAACUAUGAUUUAAAGUAGCAAGAGACAGUGUUCAGGCAGGGAAAAUAAAGUCCCCUUCCUCAGUUUUUUGGUUGAAAUGGUUUGAGCUCAGUAAUUUCAUUGAACUUGAAAAAAAAAUUAUUAAUACCUGCCUCCUCAAAGGGAAACAGGGAAGCUUGUCCCUGUCAAUUACUUCUUAGGAGUUUCUGAGAUAUUUUGCGAUUGCAAGAAAACUAUGGAUGAAAUCCAUACCAAUUAGAGAUCUUGUGUGUUUGGAACCAUUCAAAAAUGCUGUGCAGGGCUCAAAGGAAUUAGUAAAGCCUGCUGCAGUGCAGCUACAUUAUUAAUCUCCAAAGAGAAUAGAUACCAGAUGCUCACACUGCCCAAAGGACACCUCAGUGUUCUUGACAGUCUCUGGUCAUAUUGUCCUUCAGUAGAUUCAAAUGCCUGAAAUGAUUAUGGGUCAUGGGAUGACGUGGUUUGUAGAGAAGAAAUUACUAAUAAUCAGUUUGAAGAAAUGUACUAUUUUUGAUAGGCAGGAAAGGAAACCUUAUAUUCAAUUUGAUACUUGUAAAAAAAAAUUGCCUAGAGAGAAAUAGUAGAAACUCUUUCCCUAUCUUUUUAAAAUUUCAUUGACUGGCCUAGUGAUUGGCACAUCUAACCCAAGUGAUAAUCUCUUAAUGCAGUCCAGUUCUGUUGUUAAAUGGUUGAGGUAUGAUAUAUUCUUUAUUAAUUAAGUCAUUGAACAAAUAUUUUUAUCAGUGAAGUGUUGACGCUAGAAUAGUAAACAAAGCAGUCAUGGUCUCGUGGAGUUUAGGGAAAGAAGUGGGCAUUAAUCAAAAAUUACCCAUAUAAAUAAGUAAUUACAAACUGUGACAUGCUUUGAAGAGAAAAUAUUGGGUGCUGUGAGCAUGUUUGACAGGGGAACUUGACCUAGAGUUAAAGUUCUGGAUUCAUUUGUUUAAUCAUAUUUAUUGAGCGCCUACUUUGUGCCAAAAGGCAAAACAGAUUACCACGGCCAUUUAAAAUAUGACGCUCAUUACUCUCAGUUUGGUAGAUUAAGGGACAGUAGGAGCGAUAGCAAUGAACAACAUAAAAAUAAAUUAAAGCUAAAAAAGAUUCUAGGGAUGGAAUUUUAUUUUAGUCUUUUUUCAGACAUAGCUUCUGUCCAAUAUCCUAAGGAGCAUUUGAGCAAUGCUUAAGAUUUUUAGCAUGUCUAAAAAUUUUCAUAUUACUCAUUUUAUUUGAAAGUUCCGUGAGAAAAUACUGUAAAAUUUUAAACCUGUGGAAAGCAGAGAGUGGUGGAAUUGGUGGGAGGGACCCCAGGAUCCGAGUAUGUUCGCAUAAAUAGCAUUAUGCUCUCCUGCGAGUCGUCAACCUGCUCUACCUUCCUUCCCUGCCAGGCUUUGUGAAGAGCAGUCUUUAGUCAUGCCACUUCACAAACGCCUUGCAGCCCAAUAGAGUUUGGCUUCUGUCCAUCACACUGAAAUGGAUCUUCCUAAAGUCCACCAGGCUGCCUAACUGUUGAAUUCAGCCGUCUCCUCUCCGAUCUUAUUUGACUUGUCCUUUCUGUAGAUUAUGUCACUGGGGACUGUCCUCCAGCCUCAAACACUUUUCCAUGAUCUGACUCUGUCUCGGUUCCCUUGUCGUCCUCCUAUUUCUUGAAAUGCUCUCUUUUAUUUUCCUUCACUGACUCUUAUUCCUCGGCUCACCUUUUAAAUACCUGUCUGGUUCUCCACUCCCCUUAUAUUUGCCUUCUACAUAUCCUCAUCCAUAACCUUACUGUUCUCUAUGCUCUGAUGACUUUCACAUCUGUAUCUUUAGCUGGGGUCUCACUUCUGAGCCCACACAUCCCUCUGCUCCUAGAGAGUUCCAUACUAGUCGGGUUUUAUUAUUUUCCCUGAAAAACAUGUAUAACUAGCAUGAUCCAGUGAGUCGUACAAACUGGAAACCUAGUAGUAAUUUGACCCUACCUUUCUCCUUCACUCCCCAAUAGGCACCACCACAAUCAGUGAGUUCUGACUGCUUAGUCUCUCUCUAAUCACUCUCCUGCUCUCCAGCCCCAUUGCACAUGCUGCAUUUAGAGCUUCACCCCUUCUGUUUCCACAGUCUUCCAUCUGAUGUUCCUGUUUUCAUCCUUCUAUCUCCCACCCUCCAGCCUGCUUCCAGAACCAUCUUCCUAAAGCACCAAUCUGAUCACGUUACUAGUCUGCUUCAGGUGGCCCCCAGUCAUCGUGCCAUCGUUCAGCAUGUCCCUGGCAUUCAAAAUGCCACGGCCACUUAAAACUAUGGGGUACUUGACAAGACGAAAAAGCAAGGUAAUUAGUAACCAAAAUAAAAUUAAUGCUUGAAUAGUAUAUUGCACUGUAGCAUUUUUUUUUUUUUUUUUUGUCUUCUUGAAUUUUUGGAGUCUAUAGAUCUAGGCUAAUUUUAUGUAUUCUAACCCCCCUGCUUUUCUUUUCCUUUUUUUUUUUUUUUUAAAACUCCCUGCUUUUCAAGAUAAGUGUUUUAAGUAUUGUUUUUAUUUGAGGUACUGCUUAAUAAAGCUGAAUGGAGCAUGGGAGAAUGUGUGCCAAAACCAAUGGUUUUCUUUUUGUCAUAAUUACUGUUAAACCAUUUUAUUGACUAUAAUAGUUUGCCCCUUGAGACUUACUGCUUGUUUGCAGUAAUGAAAUCGUGUCAUCAGCAUAUAGGGGGAUACUUGUCCUUAUAUUGGCAGUGGCAGGAAGGCAGAAAUAUAGUGCAUCCUUACACUAUAACAAAUGAUCAAAUAUAGAGUUGAGAAGUGGUCUAUGGGGCGCCUGGGUGGCUCAGUCGGUUAAGUGUCUGUCUUUGGCUCAGGUUAUGAUCCCAGGGUCCUGGGAUCGAGUCCCACACCGGGCUCCCUGCUCAGCGGGAGUCUGCUUCUUCCUUACUCUCCCCCCUGCUUGUGAUCUCUCUCUCUUUCAAAUAAUAAAAUCUGUAAGAAAGAAAAGAAAAAAGAAAAGAGGUCUAUGAAGUUUUUUCCACCGAACCAGUUCUGGGAGGAGCCUACUCUGGCUUGCCGUGGUUCUAACUCAGGGGUCUUUGCAGAUGUCAUACUCUCAUGCAGUUAGCCCAGAAUCACUUUUUAGAUAGAGUCAAAUCUGAGCCAGUUAAAGCUCCUAAACCUUACACUGAUUUUGGGUCUUAUCAGUAAGGCAAAAAAUUAUAUAAUUGUGGUUAAUAGAAAAAUUAUGAUGCCUGAAAUCCAUUCCUGCUUCUCAUAAAAUAUUAGAUCAAGAGACUAAAAUCUGUAGUUUAUUAAAAAGAAAUCUCGGCCUCUUGUUCAAGAUGAUAGACUGAGCAUACAUGUUUGCUUCCCUCUCUCCCAAGAGAACCCUUUAAAGUGAGAGUAAGGAAAAGAAGAAAGAGGAGGAGGAGGAAGCAGAAGGGAAGGAGGAGAACCCCACUGCAAAGAGAACUGGAGUGGAGGAGGGGGUGUUGAGCAGACCAGAAAUUUUAGCCAAUUUUUCCAAGAAAAAAAAUGGCUGACAAUGCAUUACGGGGUGACCACCUGUAAUGCAGGACCGAUUAAAGAAAGUGGCAGCCCAAAGUACAUACAGGGGUUGUUGCCAAGAUGCCCAGCAGAAUUAUGAAGGGGCUCAAAGUGCAGAAUUGUCAAGAGCAAAAUGGGGGGUUGACAACAAGGUGUUUAACUGAAAAAAACAGCUAGACCAGUUUUGCAGCUUCCUCACUUUCAUAUUUAGAAUGACAGAUCAUCAAUUACCCACAGGGAAAAAAACCUGGAAGACUGCUCUCAAAAGAUAUGAAACAGCCUGUCUGGGAGAACUGGGGCUGCCAGUGAGGUGUUGUGCUCUAGAGUGAGCCAUUGCCCAGGCAGGUAUCCAGGAAAUGCUGGGACAGACCUUUGUCCUGCAGCAGAUGAUGACAGUGUUCCCAGAGCUCCCCGUCAUCUUUUCUGUUCAGAGUUGAGACCUAGUGAGGAAUAAACCCGCGCUGUACCUGAUUGCAGAGGAAGCCCCCGUCAGCUGCCUGGGACAACUGCCCCAGACCUCCAUUCUUAAAUAGAAAUGGCUGAACAAAAAAAAAAACCAAGAGCAUGGAAGACACAAACCAAGAAAAAGAGAACAGUUGCAUGAGAGGCAGCAGAGCUAUUUUAGACAACAACAGAAAAACCAAAGUAAAACAACUCUCUGGUUCAUAUUCUCAGAGAUAUUUGAAAUAGUUCAUUUAUAAAAUAAGAAGAUGAUGCUGUAAAAAAGACCAGAAAAGUUUAGAGACCAGGAAUAAUGUGAAAAAAAACAGGUUGCCAAAAGAUACUGAGGAUGCAACGUCAUUCAUGUGAAUUUUUAACAUUUAAAACAUUAUAUAUUGUUUAUGAAUGUAGACAUAUGUAGAAAAUGAAUCAAAAGAAGUGUGGGAAGGGUACGUAAACAAUUAUCUCUGGGGCACCAGGAAGUGUAGGAGUAGGGGAGAAGGCUGGAGGCAGAUCUGGCUAUAAUUGUAACAUGUUAUUUUGUUAGAAAAAGAGAAAAAUCUGAGACAAUAUAGAAAAAAUAUUAUCAGUUAAACUUGGGUAGUUAAUAUCUGUUAAAACAUGGAUGCCUAUGUAUUCUACAUAUUUUUACAUAUGGUUGAAAUAUUUGUAAUUAAAAUUCGAAAAGUAAAAUGUUGAAUUACAGAGGAAAUUUGUACAAUUGUAUAAGAAAGUCAUGGUCCAAACAAAAAAAUAAAAGAACACGUGGCCUGCCUUUUUUAUAGUGAUGCAGUGUAAAAGAAGGAAAAUCUGUUUGACUUUAGGCAGCCUGGGGUUAUGCCAGUUGGACUGUUGGAGAAGGAGAUACAAUCCCAGCAGUCUUUAGCUGUGCAGUAAGCAACAUGUAUGUAGCCAUAAUAAUACUAACGUCAUUUACUAGUUUUCAAGUCUUAGAAUCAACCCAUAGAAAAGCAUAGAAGACUUCAUUAAGGUUGGGCAUUAGAAUGGGGGAAAAGAGUAGGUAGAAGGAGGAUGGGGUGCCAAGGCCGUCUUGCAGACUGAAGGGUCCGACGAUGUUAAGCUAUAGGAUAGUCAUACAUUCGUGUGUUCAUCCAUCAGACAGUUUCUGCAACACCUCUUCUGUCUCAGGCACUGUUUUAGGUGAUUGGCAAUACACUGGUGGACAAAACUGACAAACUCUCCACUCUUAUUGAACUUACGGUCUAGUUCAAGAGGCACAUGGUACCAAACAAAGUUUUAAAAGAAUUAAAAAUAAUAUAACUAUCAAAAAUUGCAAGGGGGAAGGGAAGAGAGAUUAGUGGAAGUGUGGAGGCUUAGUCUUCAUCGUUGACAGGAGGGAAUCAAUUUGUAAUGUCAAACCAGCACUGUCCGAUGGUGGGGAUUUCUCUGUCUGUGGAAAUGAUGUUGGAAAUAUUCUCUACCUGUAGUGCCUGUGUUGUCCAGUGUAGUGACCAUUCACUACAUGUAACUGUUGAGAACUUGAAAUGUGGCUAGUAUGACUGAAGAGCUGAAAUUCUAUUUAAUUUUAAUUGAUUUAAACUUAAAUUGCAGCAUGUGGCUUAUAGCUUCUGUAUUGGAUAGUGCAGAUUUAAAAUGAAGGAAUCAAGAGGGAGCGGCAGAAGCAUAUUUUUUAGAAUUAAACCUAAAACCUGUUAAUAAACAUGGUUGUUUGCAGGGGUGGGAAAUAUUGAAAGGGAACAUUUCACUAUGAGUCAUCUUGCACUCUUUGAUUUUCUACAACAUGCAUAUAUUUGGUUGAUUACUACUUAAACUUUUGGGUCUUUGAGGGGGAAUAGAGUAUCAUCCUUUUAAGAAUGAGAUAAAAGCUAAUGCUUGAAGUGUCGAAUCGCAGUGAAUAAAGGGGCAAGAAUCAGAGCUCUAAACUUCAAACAAUUCUUGUUAGCAGGGGGUCUUCGCAAAAUGUUGUCUUAUUUGGUUGAGGUAGCUAAUAAGGUAAAUCAUGGUCAGUGAGGUUAACAGAUCCUGGCUUCAGAGAUACUAAAAGCUACAAGUUCUGAAACACGGUCCUAGAAUCAUAGAGCUGUGAGAAUUGGUACAUGCAGAAAACCACAGGUCUGUAAAUGUCCCGUGUGUCUCACUGAAACCACGCUCAAAUAUUUAUCAUUAUUAAACCAUCACCCGAGCCCAAGUGGAAUUUACUGUGCUCAAACUGAUUUUGCAUUUGAAGAUAAUAAAAUGUUUGUAAUUACAUUUCAAUUUAAUGAAUUCUCGGGCACGGGUAUUUUCUGCCGUGUUCUACUGAUGGGUCACGUAGCUAAUUUACUGGGGUUUCUCAUUUUUAUUUGGGGGUUGGGGGACGAUCCAGGGAAUGUGGCAGCUGUAUAGCAAAUCCUUGUUAAAUUAAGAGUAGGGAAAGAAGGGCCACAUUUUCUAGAUAUGGUACAGAUGGGAUUGGCUUCAACUUGUUUAUAACCUGUUGCUAGUUUUAACAACUUGUUUCAAAGAUUUUUGAAAGGAAGGAGGAAAAGGUUGGGAUGGAGAGAAGAGCAAGUUUUUCUCAGGAGGCAGUUGGAGUGAAACAUUUAAAGUGUGUCAGCAGAAAACCACCUGUGGAAAGCUGUAUCACUGUUCAGGGAUGGGUUCGAGGAGAUUCUGAGCAGCUUUAGUAAGCCCCAUUCUGAGUGAGAAGGAAUAAUUCUUUUUACUGCAAUCUAAAAAAAAAAAAAAAAAAAAAAAAACCACCCUAGUGUAGAGGGUAGCAAGCGCCAAAGAUCUACUACUAACAAACGGAAUCACUUGCUCUUAUAUUUGAGAUGUAAAUAAACAUAUCCUGGAUUUGCUGCCCAUUAUGCCAAUACUGUCAAGGGCCUUCUGCCCAUUAGUGUGGCCCGAUGGUCGUUGGGUCACACGGGAGCAGGACUGCCGACAGCCCCACGCAGCUGUUGUGCUUGGGCUACCUGUAUUUAUAUGCUGUCUGCAGAUGAGGAUUCGUUGAGAGGAGAAUCUAUUUAUUGAAUACAAGACAUUCCCGAUAACAACAGGCUAAUAUCUAAAAAGUACAGCUUAUAUUUUUAGAAAUAAAACGAUAAUACCCCCCAAUCUGAGCUCAUCACAUAGAAACAAAGGGAUGUCUUGGGGGUGGGGUGAGCCAACUCUGUUUAUCCAGGUUUUCGAAUGACUGUUCUUUCAAAAAGUGCAUGGAAUGCAUCCAAAACAAAUAAUGUUUUGUUAGAUGAGAAGACCAAAAGGGAAAUCCUAAAGAAAGGAGGAUGGAUGAUCUUUCUUUAAUGUCAAAACUGACAUAAACACAUCCCCUCCCCCUUUUGCUCAAGAUAAUUUUCUCAACAAGACCCAGAUUGCUUCAGUCUUGCCUAUCACUCUUUGAAGCACUUCCCUUAUUAUUUGGAGUGGAGGCAGGGUUUCCUUUGAGGAUUUUUGCAGCAGUGAAGAGUUCCUCCUUUAAAUACUUUCACAUGAUGAGGGAAUUCCGCUUUCAAAGUGCUGUCAUCUCUUGGCUUCUCUGCCAUGAGACAAUUUAUUCUUGGGUGAAGGUCCUUCUUCGUUUGAUUGUCAAUAAGGACUUGCUUUUCUGAUGGAUUCUCCUUCAGCUUUAUCUGGGAGACCUAGAGAAAAAAAUUCAAUGUUCUCCUGUGUUAAACUUAUUGAAGUUGGCCAUGAUUCUCUUUUGAAACGUGUUCCAUCACAUGGGGUUACUUAUAGUCUUCAACAUGGUUGCCCUUGUCAAUCUCCACUAAGAUUUGGAUGACCUAUCAAAUAUUCCAUCUUGAAAACUGCCUUUCUCUUACUGCGCAGAGAGACACUGAAUUUGGGGAAGUUUUGAAGAGAAUUUUUUUUUUUUUGGUUGGUUUUUUAGUGUUUCUUCUGAUAUUUAACCAACGCCAUGGGAAACAACCAAUAAACUAUUCAAGUGUCAACAGUUUUCCCAGAAACAUUGAAAUCUUUUGAGAACCCCAACUCCAUGUCACUACACCUCAUCCUUGUCUGCUCUUGAAUAUAGUCUUCUGGAAAAUUCUAUAAAUAUUUAAUUCAUGGAGACAAAAUGUAUAGCUGUAUAAUUUAAUAGCUCAUUUGAAAGCAGUUCCCUUCCCUCCCCCAAAUUUUUAAUAGGCAAUGAUUCACAAUAGUUAGGAAAGAAUUAGAAUGAAGAAACCCCAAAUAGAAAUGACAGUUUUCUCAAUAUUAUUACCUAAGGUGAGCUUCUAAGUAUUUGUGGUUAUUUUAGAUAAAUGAAUAAAUAUUAUCCAUGUCCCAAAGUAGAUUACGUCAUUUAUGUCAUUACUCUUGGACUUUCUCUUUGAACAGUUUGGUUGUUAGUGAGAGAAUCAGUAUUGUUGAGGAUACAUUCAUUAUCUGCUUCCACCUAGAAGCUCCUAAGUGCAACGAUGUACCUACCAACCAAUCUAGACAUGGCACUAAACGUAUUUCUUAAAACCUACAAUCUCCUUCGUAUUAUAGUAUUGAAAUGAAUGAUGUCUUGACCUCGUAUUGAGGAAGAAAGUGGAAUGUGAGAAGAGAACCCUAGACUAAAGUCAGAAUACACAGAUUCUAGCUUUGGCCCUGCCACGUACUGACUGUGUAAUAUUGGCAAGUACCAUACCCUUCGGCUCCCUCUCCCUCUCCUCCUCACAAAAAAUCCUAAGUUAGUGACCUAGAUGGUCUUCAUGCAUUUACCAUCCUAAGUAAAUAAUAAGCUUACUCUACCUAUAAAGAGAAGCUUAAUUAUGGUGUUUGAGCCAAGUUGAAUACUCCAGUGAAAAAAUAGCAUCGCUAAUUUCUUAAUCUAUUCUGUAAAAAAGGAAUGUGAUUAUAUUUUCUGUCUCCUGUGGGACUCUGUGCUGUACCGUAAUUAUCCAUCCCGUCUUCUUGUUUAUGCAGACUCUGCCUUAAAAGUGUUUACCAUCUAGUGAGGAAAGCAUGGAAACAAGUCAAAAAUCCAGUAUGAUAAGUAGAACAAGAUAAGUGUAUAUAAUAUGAAGAAGUAGCAUGGGAGGAGGGAAUAUAUAUUUUAUAUACAUUUCUCCCUACCUAUUCUGAAUUCUAGAAAUAGGAAAAUGUAUGUGUGUUGGAGGGUAGCUUUAUGGAAAAUUAAAAAAUAAAUUCCUAACUCUUUACCUGUUUACUACCAAAUCAAAUAUGUCCCUCCAUAAUAUUAGUUGCCAUAACCAGCAAUCAAAUGAGUUAUAGCAUGGAAGGUUAAAAAAUAUAGAAUGUUCUCUUUUGUUUCAUAGCUAAAUUAUUUUUUAAUGUCUUCAAACAUCACCUUUAAACCUCUCUUUUCUAGCCAUUGGCACUUCUGCCAUUGAACAAAGAAGAAUACGUAAAUGUGCCAAGUAGUCAUUGUAAACCCAAAACUGUAGCGUAGAAUAUGUUUAGAUUCUCUUUACAAUUUAGAAAACAGGGAAAAACAAGUUUUCUUAAGAGUACUGGUGUGUCUUGGUGUGAUUGUUUUUCGAGGAAUGUUAUCUUAUAUCUAGAAAAUUAAGGUUUUCCUGGUGAUUUGUAGCUAUCUUGAACUCAAAUCGGGGAAUGGGAAAGUGUUUCAACUCUGGGUGUUAAAUCCAGCACCAACUGUGAAAGUUAUACUGUUGCCUAGUGGGGAGUGGGGGGUUUAGAGGAGUUUCUUAUCAAAACUUGGCCUGAGCUAAUUUGUUUUGUUUGAAACUGGAAAUCAAAUUGUUGAAGUUUGCAUUCUGUUUUCUUUCAGUUGGUGUAUUAACACAAAGCACCGUAUUUUUAAAGGGCUUCCUCCUUUCUACAGGAAUAAAUUUGGCUUCUGGAAGAGGAAAAAAAAAAAAACAAAACUGUACCAGCAGUUCGGCAACAUCACACCUCUUCCAUCAUUUUGGGCUUCAGCUCAGGAACUCCCGACAAAUGUUCUGGAAAUAUGUAAAAACAUGCCUAGAAGUACUGAACAUAAAACCUGACUGUACACUCAUAAACAUUUGUACAAUCUUAUGGUCCUUAUCACUGAGUUUCUUAAAGCCGUGUGUGCAUAUUUAAAAAAUCAUUUGAAUAAAUUAAAAUUGGAACAAGAUGCUAUUUGAGAGAAGGUGCUCCCUAGAGAUGCCUGAAGAACACUGCUCUAUGACUUUCUUCUAGGAAGUAAGCAAGCCUCUUGCCCAUAAAAUAGAAGCUGCUUUCCAGAUAGCCCUGUCCCAAGAAAUUAGAUUAAGAUGGAAACUAUGGAAUAGUCAUUUUUUUAAUAUUUUAACAAACUAAGUACUGAAAAAGCAUGCUUCCUAAAGAGGCAUGGAAAGUUGAAAAGUUAACAGCCAGAACAAUUGUAAUAAAUCAAUCCUUUAAAAAUAAAUCUUAAAAAAGAAAAAAAAAGCGGUGGGGGUGGGGCACCCAAGUGGCUCAGUUGGUUGGGUGUCUGACUCUUGGUAUGGGCUCAGGUCAUGAUUUUGGGGUCCUGGGAUCCAGCCCUGUGUCAGGCUCCGUGCUCAGCGGGGGUCUGUUUGAGGAUUUCUCUCUUUCUCUCCCUCUGUCCCUCUCCCCAUGGCACAUGCGUGUGCGUGCGCGUGCUCUCUCUCUCUCUCAAAUAAAUAAACAAAUUUUUAAAUUAAAAAAAAAACAACUGGAUUGUGUUUUGGAAAAUGUCACACUGUUAAGACUCCUAGUGGGUGCCCAGUGACUCUGAAGAUGAGAGACAAGACCAAGUGGUAAGAGAGAGCUUUAUAAAUCCAGAGGCACUCUAGAAAACUACUGGGUGGUCUAAGAAUGCUUCUUGAAACAUAAACUCCCAAUGCAACUGUGAUCUGAAUGUGAGGAGAAAGUUAUUCUUAAAAAAGAGUUGUACUCUUAGGAAAUAUAUUAUCCUUCAGCUUUUGACCUUUUUUUUUCAGGUUGAAGAAGUUAAGCAUGAUUCAUAUACUAAAGAUUUUCAUUCUUUGCUUAGUAGUUCUUUAAAAUUAUAUUCUAACCCAAGGCUGUCUCUCUGUCCUGUUUUGUUCUGGUGCUGCUCUGCCCCAG